AUGAUUGCGUUGGUCAGGCCCGGUCCUAGCAGGUCUGCUGCCGCCCCUGUGUCCAUGUAUAGUAUAAUGAUUUGGAAUGGAUUGAUAGACUAGAGCAGAGUAAUGAUGUGUAUCAUGUGCAAUUGGUGCGUUUCAGUUGAGCUUAUUCAGGAACACUUGGAAACGGCCUUGUUUCACAGGAGCAUUGUAAAAUAAUUUUUGUCUCAAUGAACCAGCCUCAACGAAUUUCGUUUAUUUACAGAUCGAAUUUGAUUGUCCAACAUGAGUUUUAUAAUUUCUUCAUUGUGUGGCCGCUUAGGAUGUCCUCUUUCCACUACCGUGGUGCUGGGUCACAGUGGGAAUGGGGCGGGCCGGCAUGGUCACGGCUAGAAGGGAUCCAGCUUUUGUCAAAUUAACAUCAAAAGUAGGAUAUUUUUAGCACUUAUAGCUAACCCUAACCUCCCCCUUCACCUAACUUUAACCUAAUUCUCCUAACCUGCUACGUUAAUUCUCCUAACCUAUCAAAAGGAAAAUCUGACAUUCAUUUUACAAAAGCUGUAUCCCUUCUAGCCAUGGCCAGCCCUGGUGUUCCUAGACAGCCAUGUUGUGUUAUUGAUUAGGCAUAAUUAAAAUGUUCAUGCCUAGGCUAAAUUAGAUUAGAGAGAUUGUAUUUGAAAACAGCUGUAUUUUGUUAUUUAUUAAUUUAAAAUGUUCAUCCAAAUAGCCUUUAGGACAGGUCGUUCGCUAAUUAUAAACUCAGCAAAAAAAGAAACGCCCCUUUUUCAGGACCCUGUCUUUCAAAGAUAAUUCAUAAAAAUCCAUAUUUCUUCACAGAUCUUCAUUGUAAAGGGUUUAAACACUGUUUCCCCAUGCUUGUUCAAUGAACCAUAAACAAUUAAUGAACAUGCACCUGUGGAACGGUCGUUAAGACACUAACAGUUUACAGACGGUAGGCAAUUAAGGUCACAGUUAUGAAAACUUAGGACACUAAAGAGGCCUUUCUACUGACUCUGAAAAACACCAAAAGAAAGAUGCCCAGGGUCCCUGCUCAUCUGCGUGAACGUGCCUUAGGCAUGCUGCAAGGAGGCAUGAGGACUGCAGAUGUGGCCAGGGCAAUAAAUUGCAAUGUCCGUACUGUGAGACGCCUAAGACAGCGCUAUAGGGAGACAGGACAGACAGCUGAUCGUCCUCGCAGUGGCAGACCACGUGUAACAACACCUGCACAUGAUCGGUACAUCCGAACAUCACACCUGCGGGACAGGUACAGGAUGGCAACAACAACUGCCCGAGUUGCACCAGGAACGCACAAUCCCUCCAUCAGUGUUUAGACUGUCCGCAAUAGGCUGAGAGAGGCUGGACUGAGGGCUUGUAGGCCUGUUGUAAGGCAGGUCCUCACCAGACAUCACCGGCAACAAUGUCGCCUAUGGGCACAAACCCACCGUCGCUGGAUCAGACAGGACUGGCAAAAAGUGCUCUUCACUGACGAGUCGCGGUUUUGUCUCACCAGGGGUGAUGGUCGGAUUCGCAUUUAUCGUCGAAGGAAUGAGCGUUACACCGAGGCCUGUACUCUGGAGCGGGAUCGAUUUGGAGGUGGAGGGUCCAUCAUGGUCUGGGGCGGUGUGUUCACAGCAUCAUCGGAUUGAGCUUGUUGUCAUUGCAGGCAAUCUCAACGCUGUGUGUUACAGGGAAGACAUCCUCCUCCCUUCCUGCAGGCUCAUCCUGACGUGACCCUCCAGCAUGACAAUGCCACCAGCCAUACUGCUCAUUCUGUGCUUGAUUUCCUGCAAGACAGGAAUGUCAGUGUUCUGCUAUGGCCAGCGAAGAGUCCGGAUCUCAAUCCCAUUGAGCACGUCUGUGACCUGUUGGAUCGAAGGGUGAGGGCUAGGGCCAUUCCCCCCAGAAAUGUCCGGGAACUUGCAGGUGCCUUGGUGGAAGAGUGGGGUAACAUCUCACAGCAAGAACUGGCAAAUCUGGUGCAGUCCAUGAGGAGGAGAUGCACUGCAGUACUUAAUGCAGCUGGUGGCCACACCAGAUACUGACUGUAACCCCCUUUGUUCAGGGACACAUUAUUCCAUUUCUGUUAGUCACAUGUCUGUGGAACUUGUUCAGUUUGUCUCAGUUGUUGAAUCUUGUUAUGUUCGUACAAAUAUUUAAGUAUGUUAUGUUUGCUGAAAAUAAACGCAGUUGACAGUGAGAGGACGUUUCUUUUUUUUUGCUGAGUUUAUAAACAAAUAUAAUAUUUUGAAGUGUUUUAUUAUUGUGUAGGAGACUUGUUCUUCUAGGCCAAAUUUUAAAUUUUAAAUUUUUAAAUGAUAUUCAUUUGUGAUUUAUAGCAGGGAUGAAGACGUAACGGACUAUGUUUUGCUUUUCAAUAAAACCUGUCAUGUUGGUAUAAGAACAUCGUUCUACUUUAUGUUAUUACAACUUUACAGGCUCAUUUCUAUUGUGUUAAAAUUUAAUUACAAUCAUCUAAAUGUGAUUUUGAGCACCGAGGGUGGACGCCCUAAUGCGUUACACUCCCAAUGCAUAUGGAUGUCCGGUAAAUUUCUCAAAUAUCUGGUAAAUUUAAAAUCUUGCAGGUCGUGUUGUCCUAACGGAAACCUUGGUGUGUGUGAGCACUGAGUGCCCCUGCAGUCAUCACUCUGCUGAAGGAACAGCCUAGCAGGCAGAAGGGUGCGGGAGCAGUGGAGAGGUGUUGAUGAUCUUUCUGUCAGACCUGCGGUGUCGGUGUUGCUGCUGGCUGACAGGGCUCAGCAGACCUGUACUGCACUGCUGGCUCCUCUGGGCAAAAGUUGCCUGUAGACAAAAAGUACUUCCCAAAUGGCACCCUAUUCCGUAGGGCGUUGGUCAACAGUAGUGCACUAAAUAAUGGGGAUGCUGCCUGUGACACCAAUAGGAUCAGCUUACUCUCCCCAAAUUCCCCUUUGGUUUAGGACACCUUUGUCUUUAACCUGACGUUAAUUGACCCUCUUUAAAUGUCUCUCUCUCUCUCUCUCUCUCUCUCUCUCUCUCUCUCUCUCUCUCUCUCUCUUCUCUCUCUCUCUCUCCUCUCUCUCUCUCCUCUCUCUCUCUCUCUCUCUCUUUAGUAACUGAUGUGGAGUUGAAGCGGCUGAAGGAUGCCUUUAAGAGGACCAGCGGCCUGUCCUACUACAUGGCCCAACAGUGCUUCUACAGAGAGGUACUGGGAGAUGGGGUCCCUCCGAAGGUUGCAGAGGUAAGUCCCCUGGGACCCACAACACACACCUUAGAGGGGAAUGAUGGAAACCAGAAGUGCUGUCUGUGGACUUGGAGGCCCAGAUUUGAGUCCACCUGUAAUAAGGGUUACUACACUAUGAAACCAGGAGUCUAGGGGUAUCUGUCCCAAAUGGCACCCUAUUCCCUAUAUAGUGCACUACUUUUGGCCAGGACCUGGGUAGUACACUAAAUAGGGAAUAUUUUGCCAUUUGGGACACACCUAGUUUGUUUUCCUUGUCCCAGUACUCCUUGAAACCAGGACUAACAACCAAUGACAAUCCUCAAUUCCACUGUGUGUUUGUCUUCAGUUCAUUCAGUCCUAGUGUUGUUAAACACAGUGUUGAUACUCUUCCAUUAAAGCUCUGGCGCCCUGCUUCUUCCCAGCUAGCGCUUUACUCCCCUCCGUUGCCAUGGCAGCCGGGCGACAGUUAGCCCUGGCGAAGACGGCACAGGUUAGAUGUAACGUGAGGUUUUCCUAACGGCGAACAAACAAACACGAUCGAAGAGUUGAAUGGAGACGCACCUCAAUUUGUCAGCCCAGACAGGAAUAUAUCGGAGAUGCUACGUCCGAAUUUACACCCAAUUCCCUGGUCAAAAUAAGGUCAUUUCAGACGCAACCUGAGAGGGAUGAUAGGAAAUGACUCUCACUCUCACCUCCACACCCCUACAGUCCAGAUGAAUCCUCUCACCUCCACACCCCUACAGGCCAGAUGAAUCCUCUCCCCUCCACACCCCUACAGUCCAGAUGAAUCCUCUCACCUCCACACCCCUACAGUCCAGAUGAAUCCAUCCCCAGAUUUGAAUAUUUAUAGGGUUUUUGUAGGACCUUUUUAACGGAUAGAAAAAACAUGAGAGAAGGCAGACCUAGGCCUAAAGAAUGAGCUCAUUAGAACUACAGAGAUGGAGCAUAUCUCUUAGACGUGGGCUUCAAAAUGUCCCCCUGUUUUCCUUUACAAGCAUCUGCAUGACGUUACAUUGGCAUGAGAUGACAUAACAUUGGAUUGACAUUUAGAUGACAUUGGGUCCUAAAAUCCAUUCCUUGAGGCUACUUCAACCCAGAGCAGUAAUGCUUUCAGCCUAUUGAGAUUGACCCUCAGUCAUUGAGUGCAUCCCAAAUGGCACCGUAUUCCCUAUAUAGUGUGCUACUUUUGACCAGUAGUGCACUAGAUAGGGAAUAGGGUGCCAUUUGGGAUGCAACCCAUUGUAGCUGUGUUCUUAGUGCGACCACAGCGAACUCAUUUAUAUUCAGUUCCGUGUUUAAACAGUAGCUAGCUGGUUUAAUGUUUUUCCCCAGUUGUUCAACAUUUCUAGUUCCACUUUCACAUCAGAGGCUAUCUUCCUGCUCUGGUCUCUGUUGACCCAUACUGUCAAAUGCCUAUUCCCAAUCUCACACACACACACACACACACACACACACACACACACACACACACACACACACACACACACACACACACAGAUGCUACCUGACUGACUUUAUCAGUGACUAAACACAAAUUCUGUGUGUGUGUUUUGUACUGUGUGUCAGUCAGUGACUGAGUCAUUCUGCGGUGGACAUUUGUUUGAGGAAGUGAAAAAAAUGCUUGGCCUGUGUUCACAAUAGUGAAAACCCAACCCUUAGGGCUUGGAAGUGGCAUUCCAUUGGAACAGUCUUGGCGAUUAUUCAAUCAAAGACAUUUCGACAUACUCAGCAACAGGAAAUCAAAGUUAAAAGUGCAAUAUGCAGAAAUCGCUCCGCCAUUUCCUGGUUGCAAAAAUUUGAAUAGUGCGCCUAAUUUCAGUUUGUGACAAAACAAGCAAUGUAUAGUCUAGAUAAUCACAGCGGUACCAUCUAAACCGCUGUGGGGGGAAAAAAACAAGUUACGUAUUGCAGCUUUAAAAGUCUAAAAAUAAAACUCGGUAAUUCCAACAUGCUCUCCAGCUAGCCCAGGAAACCUGGGGAUUGAUUUGGAUUGAAAACAGAUAGCCCAGGAAACCUGGGGAUUGAUUUAGAUUGAAAACAGAUAGCCCAGGAAACCUGGGGAUUGAUUUGGAUUUAAAACAGAUAGCCCAGGAAACCUGGGGAUUGAUUUAGAUUGAAAACAGAUAGCCCAGGAAACCUGGGGAUUGAUUUAGAUUGAAAACAGAUAGCCCAGGAAACCUGGGGAUUGAUUUAGAUUGAAAACAACUAGCCCAGGAAACCUGGGGAUUGACUUGGAUUGAAAACAGAUAGCCCAGGAAACCUGGGGAUUGAUUUAGAUUGAAAACAGAUAGCCCAGGAAACCUGGGGAUUGAUUUAGAUUGAAAACAGAUAGCCCAGGAAACCUGGGGAUUGAUUUAGAUUGAAAACAGAUAGCCCAGGAAACCUGGGGAUUGACUUGGAUUGAAAAGGGCUCUUGGUCUCUCCUGCUUGAUUCUUAACCAAUAGGCUAGCAGAAGGUUGUGCUGGCAGCUUUACUAUAGGAGGACAUUAAAACUUCACGUCUUACAUUUUUAGUCAUUUAGCAGACACUCUUAUCCAGAGCGACUUACAGGAGCAAUUAGGGUUAAGUGCCUUGCUCAAGGGCAUAUCGACACAUUUUUCACCUAGUCGGCUCAGGGAUUAGAACCAGCGACCUUUCGGUGCAUUCCCUUUUUAUAGUGCACUAAUUUUGACCAGGAUCCAUGGGAAAUAGGGUGCCAUUUGGGACACAGAUAUAUAUAGUGUUCGAACAGGCAGGAAGACAGACAUUUAUAUUAGAUAAUUUUUUUUAGCCAGCGAGUCCGCAGCAAGUCAGAUUCACUCUGGGAUUAAAAGUGUCUCAGCUGUCCGAUGGUAGUAGACGGAGAGAUUCGAUGCAGGAACUGCUAUUAUGCUGAGUGGAGCUGCAGCACCGUCCGUCACUAGUUUUAUUUUUAGAUGUUUGCUUCCCGCAACAGCGUGUGAUUCAGAGAAAGUGGAACAUAUACAGUGAGGGGGGGAAAAGUAUUUGAUCCCCUGCUGAUUACGUUUGCCCAUUGACAAAUAAAUGAUCAGUCUAUCAUUUUAAUGGUUUAUUUGAACAGUGAGAGACAGAAUAACAACAACAAAAUCCAGAAAAACGCAUGCAAAAAAUGUUAUAAAUUGAUUUGCAUUUUAAUGAGGAAAAUAAGUAUUUGACCCGUCUGCAAAACAUGACUUAGUACUUUUACCUUAAUGUGCUUCUUCUUGAGCCACUCCUUUGUUGCCUUGGCCAUGUGUUUUGGGUCAUUGUCAUGCUGGAAUACCCAUCCACGACCCAUUUUCAAAACCCUGGCUGAGGGAAGGAGGUUCUCACCCAAGAUUUGACGGUACAUGGCCCCGUCCAUCGUCCCUUUGAUGUGGUGAAGUUGUCCUGUCCCCUUAGCAGAAAAACACCCCCAAAGCAUAAUGUUUCCACCUCAAUGUUUGAUGGUGGGGAUGGUGUUCUUGGGGUCAUAGGCAGCAUUCCUCCUCCUCCAAACACGGCGAGUUGAGUUGAUGCCAAAGAGCUCCAUUUUGGUCUCAUCUGACCACAACACUUUCACCCAAUUCUCCUCUGAAUCAUUCAGAUGUUCAUUGGCAAACUUCAGACGGGCCUGUAUAUGUGCUUUAUUGAGCAGGGGGACCUUGCGGGCGCUGCAGGAUUUCAGUCCUUCACGGCGUAGUGUGUUACCAAUUGUUUUCUUGGUGACUAUGGUCCCAGCUGCCUUGAGAACAUUGACAAGAUCCUCCCGUGUAGUUCUGGGCUGAUUCCUCACCGUUCUCAUGAUCAUUGCAACUCCAUGAGGUGAGAUCUUGCAUGGAGCCCCAGGCCGAGGGAGAUUGACAGUUCUUUUGUGUUUCUUCCAUUUGCGAAUAAUCACACCAACUGUUGUCACCUUCUCACCAAGCUGCUUGCCGAUGGUCUUGUAGCCCAUUCCAGCCUUGUGUAGGUCUACAAUCUUGUCCCUGACAUCCUUGGAGAGCUCUUUGGUCUUGGCCAUGGUGGAGAGUUUGGAAUUUGAUUGAUUGAUUGCUUCUGUGGACAGGUGUCUUUUAUAUAUGUAACAAGCUGAGAUUAGGAGAACUCCCUUAAAGAGUGUGCUCCUAAUCUCAGCUCGUUACCUGUAUAAAAGACACCUGGGAGCCAAAAAUCUUUCUGAUUGAGAGGGGGUCAAAUGCUUAUUUCCCUCAUUAAAAUGCAAAUCAAUUUAUAACAUUUUUGACAUGCGUUUUUCUGGAUUUUUGUUGUUGUUAUUCUGUCACUCACUGUUCAAAUAAACCUACCAUUAAAAUGAUAGACUGAUCAUUUCUUUGUCAAUGGGUAAACGUACAAAAUCAGCAGGGGAUCAAAUACUUUUUUCCCCUCACUGUACCUACCUGCUCAAAGGCUGUGUGUUGAAGGUUUAACUAAGGAGUGUAAUGGUGGUGUUUGGGCCCAUCAGGCAGCAGACUCCGGCCAGGGCUGUUCAUCUUGGGCCAGUGGCAAUAGGAGACCCCCAGGCUGUGUCCGUCACAAGGCCUGACAGCAGGGCCCAGCUACGGGCUACUCAUCACUGUGAUUAACACACAGGGAGGGAGUCAGGCCACACACACACACACACACACACACACACACACACACACACACACACACACACAGUGAAUACCCGGAGUCAAACUAUACACACACACACACACACACACACACACACACACACACACACACCACACACACACACACACACACACACACACACAGUGAAUACCCGGAGUCAAACUAUACACACACACACACACAGUGAAUACCCGGAGUCAAACUAUACACACACACACACACACACACACACACACACACACACACACACACACAUCAUCAGGAUCUCAUCAUACAUCGUUGUUGUUAUUAUUUGGCAUUUUUUCCCUGGAGUCUCUUUGUUCUGGUAAUCCAAAUGUUGUGAAUCCAUUCAUUAUUAAUACGGAGGACGCCUAUAUACCAUAUAUAUAUACUAUAUAUGUUUGUCCUGAGGGAUUGCCUCCAUGAGUCCAUAUAGGCGCUGUAUGAAUUGACCACGUGAGUCCAUAUAGGCGCUGUAUGAAUUGACCACGUGAGUCCAUGUAGGCGCUGUAUGAAUUGACCACGUGAGUCCAUGUAGGCGCUGUAUGAAUUGACCACGUGAGUCCAUGUAGGCGCUGUAUGAAUUGACCACGUGAGUCCAUGUAGGCGCUGUAUGAAUUGACCACGUGAGUCCAUGUAGACGCUGUAUUUGCUCUUUUCUUUCUGUCUCAAUCCAAAUUGCUAAUCAGUUUCUGUCAGCGCUUGUGCUGCUGUGUAAAACAGAAAGGCUGUAGUCAGCGUGAGUAGCUUGAUUUGAAAGGAUGUCUAUACAUUAGUCUUUAUGGCAGCGUUUCCAGAGGGUAAUGCAUUUAGGACUUCACUGUCAUGUUCAGGUGAAAUGUAUCCCAAGGAAAUAAUAUUCUCCUCUCCUCUCCUCUCCUCUCAUUAAGUGGUUCAGUUUGUCUUCUUGUCAGACGCAGAGUAGAGAAAACAACAGGGCGUGUUCAUAUUUAUUUUGGCCUUUCAAUAUUUGUGCACAUGACCUGAUUCCUAAGAAAGUAGAACAUUUGCAUCAUAAUAUUAGAUGUUAAUGUCCUCACAAAGUUCUGCUGAAAUAUGUUGUCAGGGCAUGGUUCAGGCUAAGCAAGCAGAGUAAAGCCUAUAUUAAAGCAUUAUGUCUAAAUAUACAGGCUUUGAAUAUGUCAAUUCUACUGCCAAUACUCGUGCAUAAAAAAAAAAUAUAUAUAUAUUCAAAGGAAUAAGAAAUAGUAAUUUAAAACAUCAAAUGAAUGUGACGGUGUUAAAGUGUUACGUUGAGGGUGCUUCUGUUUUGUACCGUGACACACUGUGACACUGUGACUGUCACCGGCUGGCUGUGAGGUCACAGAGACCAUCCCUGUCGGCUCUGACUGUGACACAGUUGCACAUUGAUGAAUGGGGGAUGACACUGGCUCCGGUGUAGCUGGGCUGCGCGUGCUAGAGCCGGCAACCGUGAUUCCCUAGCAGGUCUCUAGUUGUUUACUAUGAAGUAGUGUACAAGUGUAAGGGUAAUUCAAUAAGGAAUACCACUUUCCGUUCAGUUUCUCUCCCCUAGGUCUGAGUCCCAAAUGGCACUAUAUAUUCCCUAUGUAGUGCACUACUUUUGACCGUGGUCCAUAGGGCUCUGUAGGGCAGGGUUCCCCAACUAGCGGGUGAUUUUCUAUUUAUUUGGCCCACCCAAGUUUUCGGAGCAAAAAAAAAUAAAUUCAAAUAAUUUUAAUUGUUGGACGUAAGACUGUAAAAACACCAGAGAAUCAGCACCAAGUGAUUUUCAAUUUAGGAAAAUCUGUUCCAAAGUAUUCACACGCAUAAUAGAGAGAGACAGUGAUCGUACAAAACAUAAGGAACACCUUCCUAAUAUUGAGUUGCACCCCCCUUUUUGCCCUCAGAACAGCCUCAAUUCGUCAGGGCAUGGACUACAAGGUGUCGAAAGCGUUCCACAGGGAUGCUGGCCCAUGUUGACUCCAAUGCUUCCCACAGUUGUGUCAAGUUGGCUGGAAGUCCUUUGGGUGGUGGACCAUUCUUGAUACACAGGGGAAACUGUUGAGCGUGGAAAAACCCAGCAGUGUUGCAGUUCUUGACAUAAACCGGUGCGCCUGGCACCUACUACCAUACCCCGUUCAAAGGCACUUCAAUCUUUUGUCUUGCCCAUUCACCCUCUGAAUCGCACAAAUACACAAUCCACGUCUCAAUUGUCUCAAGGCUUAAAAAUCCUUCUUUAACCUGUCUCCUCCCCUUCAUCAACACUGAUUGGUCAAUUUGUCAUGGAAAGAGAAGGUGUUUCUAAUGUUUUGUAUAAGUGAUCGUAUACAAAUGUAAGCGUGUCUACAAAUAAUUAGUAAUUAUGUUCCAGCCCUCUGACCAUCCGCUCAAGGAAAAAUGGACCAGCGGCUGAAUCUAGUUGAUGAUACCUGAUGUAGGGGAUAGGGUGUUAAUUGGACCUGAACUCGGAUCUGUGUCUACUGGCAUAUUUAUAGCUACUGUGUGUGUGCACAGACAACAUGACCGAACGUAUGUGGACACCUGCUCGUCGAACAUCUCAUUCCAAAAAUCAUGGGCGUUAAUAUGGAGUUGGUACCCCCCCCCCCCCCCCCCCUUGCUGCUAUUUCAGCCUCCACUCUUCUGGGAAGGCUAGAUAUGUUACCACCAUCUUCCUUUUCUCUAGAUAUGUUACCACCAUCUUCCUAUUCUCUAGAUAUGUUACCACCAUCUUCCUAUUCUCUAGAUAUGUUACCACCAUCUUCCUAUUCUCUAGAUAUGUUACCACCAUCUUCCUUUUCUCUAGAUAUGUUACCACCAUCUUCCUAUUCUCUAGAUAUGUUACCACCAUCUUCCUUUUCUCUAGAUAUGUUACCACCAUCUUCCUAUUCUCUAGAUAUGUUACCACCAUCUUCCUUUUCUCUAGAUAUGUUACCACCAUCUUCCUUUUCUCUAGAUAUGUUACCACCAUCUUCCUAUUCUCUAGAUAUGUUACCACCAUCUUCCUAUUCUCUAGAUAUGUUACCACCAUCUUCCUAUUCUCUAGAUAUGUUACCACCAUCUUCCUAUUCUCUAGAUAUGUUACCACCAUCUUCCUAUUCUCUAGAUAUGUUACCACCAUCUUCCUAUUCUCUAGAUAUGUUACCACCAUCUUCCUAUUCUCUAGAUAUGUUACCACCAUCUUCCUUUUCUCUAGAUAUGUUACCACCAUCUUCCUAUUCUCUCUCUGUACUCUCCCUGCAGGUGAUCUACAACUCGUUUGGAGGCACCUCUAAAGGACUGCACUUUAACAACCUCAUCAUUGGCCUGGUGCUGCUGACCAGAGGACGAGAUGAGGAGAAGGCCAAGUGUAUGUUUUCUGUCUGUCUGUCUGUCUCUGUCUCUGUCUCUGUCUCUGUCUCUGUCUCUGUCUAUGUCUCUGUAUCUCUCUCUGUCUGUCUGUCUCUGUAUCUCUCUCUGUCUCUGUAUCUCUCUCUGUCUCUGUAUCUCUCUCUGUCUGUCUGUAUCUCUGUCUGUCUCUGUAUGUCUCUCUGUCUGUCUGUCUCUGUAUGUCUCUCUGUCUGUCUGUCUCUGUAUCUCUGUCUCUGUCUGUCUCUGUAUCUCUCUCUGUCUGUCUCUGUGUCUGUCUCUGUCUGUCUCUGUAUCUCUCUCUGUCUGUCUGUCUCUGUCUGUCUCUGUAUCUCUCUCUGUCUGUCUGUCUCUGUAUCUCUCUCUGUCUGUCUGUCUCUGUCUGUCUCUGUAUCUCUGUCUGUCUGUCUGUCUCUGUAUCUCUCUCUGUCUCUGUAUCUCUCUCUGUCUGUCUGUCUCUGUAUCUCUCUCUGUCUGUCUGUCUCUGUAUCUCUCUCUGUCUGUCUGUCUCUGUAUCUCUCUCUGUCUGUCUCUGUAUCUCUCUCUGUCUGUCUGUCUCUGUAUGUCUCUGUAUCUCUCUCUGUCUGUCUCUGUCUGUCUCUGUAUCUCUCUCUGUCUGUCUCUGUCUGUCUCUGUAUCUCUCUCUGUCUGUCUCUGUCUGUCUCUGUAUCUCUCUCUGUCUGUCUCUGUCUGUCUCUGUAUCUCUCUCUGUCUGUCUCUGUCUGUCUCUGUAUCUCUCUCUGUCUGUCUCUGUCUGUCUCUGUAUCUCUCUCUGUCUGUCUCUGUCUGUCUCUGUAUCUCUCUCUGUCUGUCUGUCUCUGUAUCUCUCUCUGUCUGUCUGUCUCUGUAUCUCUCUCUGUCUCUGUAUCUCUGUCUGUCUGUCUCUGUAUCUCUCUCUGUCUGUCUGUCUCUGUAUCUCUCUCUGUCUGUCUGUCUCUGUAUCUCUCUCUGUCUGUCUGUCUCUGUAUCUCUCUCUGUCUGUCUCUCUCUGUCUCUCUCUCUGUCUCUCUCUGUAUCUCUCUCUCUCUCUGUGUCUGUCUCAAUACAUUGUGUGAUGGAUGUGUCCAGGCUCUGUCGUAGCCGGCCGCGACCGGGAGACCCAUGGGGCGGCGCACAAUUGGCCCAGCGUCGUCCAGGGUAGGGGAGGGAAUGGCCAGCAGGGAUGUAGCUCAGUUGGUAGAGCAUGGCGUUUGCAACGCCAGGGUUGUGGGUUCGAUUCCCACGGGGGGCCAGUAUGAAAAAAAAACAAAAAAAUUAAUAAUGUAUGCACUCACUAACUGUAAGUCGCUCUGGAUAAGAGCGUCUGCUAAAUGACUAAAAUGUAAAUGUGUGUGAGGCAGCAGAGAGCUAAGCGCAUGAUGACUAGAACAGGGCUAUAGACUGCAGCUUCUAUUGAGUCUGCCUGCCACUGAUAAGACCAACUAAUUAACAGUGUGUGUCCCACCACAGACCUCUUCAGCCUGUUUGCCAGUGAGUCGGGCGGCUAUGCGGCGCGGGGCGACAUGGAGGCCGUGCUACGGGCAUUGGACGGGGAAGUCCCGCCCUCUAUAAGGAAGUGCUUCAGCGAGGUCAGUCACAGAUUGCUGUCCUGUCACCUGUCAAUCACCCAGAACGACACUUUGACUGACGCACAAAACACUCCUCUCCAGUCAUCACUCAGUCACAACGCACUCCUCUCCAGUCAUCACUCAGUCACAACACACUCCUCUCCAGUCAUCACUCAGUCACAACACACUCCUCUCCAGUCAUCACUCAGUCACAACGCACUCCUCUCCAGUCAUCACUCAGUCACAACACACUCCUCUCCAUCACUAACCCCCCCCCCCCCCCCCCAAAUUGUAAAGUGGUUAUCCCACUGGCUAUAGGGUGAACGCACCAAUUUGUGAGUCGCUCUGGCUAAGAGCGUCUGCUAAAUGACGUUAAUGUGCCCUUGAGCAAGGCACUUAACCCUAAUUGCUCCUGUAAGUCGCUCUGGUUAAGAGCGUCUGCUAAAUGACUAAAAUGUAAAAUGUAAAUGUAAAUCACUCAGUCUGGGGUUCGGUCACAACACACUCCUGUUAUCGCACUUACGUGUGUGUCCGUGUAUAUGGACAGUACCAGUCAAAAAAUUGGACACACCUACUCAUUCCAGGAUUUUUCUUUAUUUUUACUAUUUUCUACAUUGUAGAAUAAUAGUGAAGACAUCAAAACUAUGAAAUAACACAUAUGGAAUCAUGUAGUAAACAAACAAGUCAUUCUUCAAAGUAGCCACCCUUUGCAUUGAUGACAGCUUUGCACACUCUUGGCAUUCUCUCAACCAGCUUCAUGAGGUAGUCACCUGGAAUGCAUUUCAAUUAACAGGUGUGCCUUGUUAAUUUGUGGAAUUUCUUUCUUUCUUAAUGCGUUUGAGCCAAUCAGUUGUGUUGAGACAAGGUAUGGGUGGUAUACAGAAGAUAGCCUUAUUUGGUAAAAGACCAAGUCCAUAUUAUGGCAAGAACAGCUCAAAUAAGCAAAGGGAAACGACAAUCCAUCAUUACUUUAAUACAUGAAGGUCAGUCAAUCCGGAAAAUUUCAAGAACUUUUAAAGUUUUUUCAAGUGCAGUCGCAAAAACCAUCAAGCACUAUGAUGAAACUGGCUCUCAUGAGGACCGCCAUAGGAAAGGAAGACCCAGAGUUACCUCUGCUGCAGAGGAUAAGUUCAUUAGUUACCAGCCUCAGAAAUGGCAGCCCAAAUAAAUGCUUCACAGAUUUCAAGUAAUAAAACAAUCUCAACAUCAACUGUUCAGAGGGGACUGUGUGAAUCAGGCAUUCAUGGUCGAAUUACUGCAAAGAAACCACUACUAAAGGACACCAAUAAGAAGAAGGGACUUGCUUGGGCCAAGAAACACGAGCAAUGGACAUUAGACCGGUGGAAAUCUGUCCUUUGGUGUGGUGAGUCCAAAUUUGAGAUUUUUGGUUCCAACCGUGUCUUUGUGAGACGCAGAGUAGGAGAACGGGUGAUCUCUGCAUGUGUGGUCCCACCGUGAAGCAUGGAGGAGGAGGUGUGAUGGGGUGAUUUUCUGGUGACACUUUUGGUGAUUUUAUUUAGAAUUCAAGGCACACUUAACCAGUAUGGCUACCACAGCAUUCUGCAGCGAUACGCCAUCCCAUCUGGUUUGCGCUUAGUGGGACUAUCAUUUGUUUUUCAACAGGACACUGACCCAAAACACACCUCCAGGCUGUGUAAGGGCUAUUUUACCAAGAAGGAGAGUGCUGCAUCAGAUGACCUGGCCUCCACAAUCCCCCAACCUCAACCCAAUUGAGAUGGUUUGGGAAUGAAUUGGACCACAGAGUGAAGGAAAACAGCCAACAAGUGCUCAGCAUGUGUGGGAACUCCUUCAAGACUGUUGGAAAAGCAUUCUAGGUGAAGUUGGUUGAGAGAAUGACAAGUGUGCAAAGCUGUCAAGGCAUAGGGUCUUUAACACUAUAUAUAUAUAUAUAUAUAUAUAUAUAUAUAUACACACACACACACUACCGUUCAAAAGUUUGGGGUCACUUAGAAAUGUCCUUGUUUUCGAAAGAAAAGCAAUUUUUUGUCCAUUAAAAUAACAUCAAAUUGAUCAGAAAUACAGUGUAGACAUUGUUAAUGUUGUAAAUGGCUAUUGCAGCUGGAAACGGCAGAUUUUUUAUGGAAUAUCUACAUAGGCGUACAGAGGCCCAUUAUCAGCAACCAUCAGUCCUGUGUUCCAAUGACACGUUGUGUUUGCUAAUCCAAGUUGAUCAUUUUAAAAGGAUAAUUGAUCAUUAGAAAACCCUUUUGCAAUUAUGUGUAUAUAUAUAUAUAUAUAUAUAUAUAUAUACAGUGGAGAAAAAAAGUAUUUAGUCAGCCACCAAUUGUGCAAGUUCUCCCACUUAAAAAGAUGAGAGGCCUGUAAUUUUCAUCAUAGGUACACGUCAACUAUGACAGACAAAAUGAUAAUUUUUUUCCAGAAAAUCAAAUUGUAGGAUUUUUUAUGAAUUUAUUUGCAAAUUAUGGUGGAAAAUAAGUAUUUGGUCAAUAACAAAAGUUUCUCAAUACUUUGUUAUAUACCCUUUGUUGGCAAUGACACAGGUCAAACGUUUUCUGUAAGUCUUCACAAGGUUUUCACACACUGUUGCUGGUAUUUUGGCCCAUUCCUCCAUGCAGAUCUCCUCUAGAGCAGUGAUGUUUUGGGGCUGUCGCUGGGCAACACGGACUUUCAACUCCCUACAAAGAUUUUCUAUGGGGUUGAGAUCUGGAGACUGGCUAGGCCACUCCAGGACCUUGAAAUGCUUCUUACGAAGCCACUCCUUCAUUGCCCGGGCGGUGUGUUUGGGAUCAUUGUCAUGCUGAAAGACCCAGCCACGUUUCAUCUUCAAUGCCCUUGCUGAUGGAAGGAGGUUUUCACUCAAAAUCUCACGAUACAUGGCCCCAUUCAUUCUUUCCUUUACACGGAUCAGUCGUCCUGGUCCCUUUGCAGAAAAACAGCCCCAAAGCAUGAUGUUUCCACCCCCAUGCUUCACAGUAGGUAUGGUGUUCUUUGGAUGCAACUCAGCAUUCUGUGUCCUCCAAACACGACGAGUUGAGUUUUUACCAAAAAGUUAUAUUUUGGUUUCAUCUGACCAUAUGACAUUCUCCCAAUCCUCUUCUGGAUCAUCCAAAUGCACUCUAGCAAACUUCAGACGGGCCUGCACAUGUACUGGCUUAAGCAGGGGGACACGUCUGGCACUGCAGGAUUUGAGUCCCUGGCGGCGUAGUGUGUUACUGAUGGUAGGCUUUGUUACUUUGGUCCCAGCUCUCUGCAGGUCAUUCACUAGGUCCCCCCGUGUCGUUCUGGGAUUUUUGCUCACCGUUCUUGUGAUCAUUUUGACCCCACGGGGUGAGAUCUUGCGUGGAGCCCCAGAUCGAGGGAGAUUAUCAGUGGUCUUGUAUGUCUUCCAUUUCCUAAUAAUUGCUCCCACAGUUGAUUUCUUCAAACCAAGCUGCUUACCUAUUGCAGAUUCAGUCUUCCCAGCCUGGUGCAGGUCUACAAUUUUGUUUCUGGUGUCCUUUGACAGCUCUUUGGUCUUGGCCAUAGUGGAGUUUGGAGUGUGACUGUUUGAGGUUGUGGACAGGUGUCUUUUAUACUGAUAACAAGUUCAAACAGGUGCCAUUAACACAGGUAACGAGUGGAGGACAGAGGAGCCUCUUAAAGAAGAAGUUACAGGUCUGUGAGAGCCAGAAAUCUUGCUUGUUUGUAGGUGACCAAAUACUUAUUUUCCACCAUAAUUUGCAAAUAAAUUCAUUAAAAAUCCUACAAUGUGAUUUUCUGGAGAAAAAAAUUCUCAAUUUGUCUGUCAUAGUUGACGUGUACCUAUGAUGAAAAUUACAGGCCUCUCUCAUCUUUUUAAGUGGGAGAACUUGCACAAUUGGUGGCUGACUAAAUACUUUUUUUCCCCACUGUAUGUGUGUGUGUGUGUGUGUGUAUGUAUGUGUGUUUCAACCUCUUAUUGAACGUCUUUCUUCAAAUUGAUAAAUCACAGUGAGGUGAGUUUUAAAAAGCACAUGCUGUUUUGAUGAUAAGUGUUUGUGUUUUUCAAUUGCAUUUGCAUUGAUGUGAGAGUGGUUAGAGGAACAGUAGUGCCCUGAGCACCAGGCCAUUAGCGACCCGAUGAUCGUUAGCUAGUUGGGUAGUACCAGCGCAUGUCCGGAGUGCAUAAAAGGACAUUACCGUGACUCAACGGUCACGUGGAAUUUUACUGAGGUCAUGACCUUUACAAGGGAGGAGUGAAAACCCGCAGCCAUUUUUCCUUCCGUGGAAUGAGUUUGACACCUGUGGUCUAGUUCAGGGAAAGAGCAAGUGUUCCUAAUGUUUUGUACACUGUUUUUAUAUUUGUUUGUAACUAAUGUGUAACUCUAUGUGGCCAUGACACUUCCACAAUACACUAUAAUAUAAAUGCUGCUCUCUGUCCAUCUCCCCAACAAUACUAUUUCCUCAAGUACUCCCACUACCCACUUUAUGAUUUGCUCAUAAUAACGAACAAGUUGUUGUUGAUGUUUUUGUUUGUCUCAGGGGGAGAAAGUCAACUAUGAGCGCUUUAAGAACUGGCUCCUUCAGAACAAGGAGGCGUUCACCUUCUCCCGUUGGCUGCUCUCCGGGGGCGUGUGCGUCACCCUCACAGACGACAGCGACACACCCACCUUCUACCAAACUCUGGCCGGAGUCACACACUGUGAGUGCUCCUCCCUACAGCUCCUACCCUGAUAUGUACAGUGAGGGGGGAAAAAAGUAUUUGAUCCCCUGCUGAUUUUGUACGUUUGCCCACUGACAAAGAAAUUAUCAGUCUAUACUUUUAAUGGUAGGAUUAUUUGAACUGUGAGAGACAGAAUAACAACAAAAUCCAGAAAAACGCAUGUCAAAAAUGUUAUAAAUUGAUUUUGCAUUUUAAUGAGGGAAAUAAGCAUUUGACCCCCUCUCAAUCAGAAAGAUUUCUGGCUCCCAGUUGUCUUUUAUACAGGUAACGAGCUGAGAUUAGGAGCACACUCUUAAAGGGAGUGCUCCUAAUCUCAGCUUGUUACCUGUAUAAAAGACACCUGUCCACAGAAGCAAUCAAUCAAUCAGAUUCCAAACUCUCCACCAUGGCCAAGACCAAAGAGCUCUCCAAGGAUGUCAGGGACAAGAUUUUAGACCUACAGAAGGCUGGAAUGGGCUACAAGACCAUCGCCAAGCAGCUUGGUGAGAAGGUGACAACAGUUGGUGCGAUUAUUCGCAAAUGGAAGAAACACAAAAUAACUAUCAAUCUCCCUCGGCCUGGGGCUCCAUGCAAGAUCUCACCUCGUGGAGUUGCAAUGAUCAUGAGAACGGUGAGGAAUCAGCCCAGAACUACACGGGAGGAUCUUGUCAAUGAUCUCAAGGCAGCUGGGACCAUAGUCACCAAGAAAACAAUUGGUAACACGCUACGCCGUGAAGGACUGAAAUCCUGCAGCGCCCGCAAUGUCCCCCUGCUCAAGAAAGCACAUAAACAUGCCCGUCUGAAGUUUGCCAAUGAACAUCUGAAUGAUUCAGAGGAGAACUGGGUGAAAGUGUUGUGGUCAGAUGAGACCAAAAUUGAGCUCUUUGGCAUCAACUCAACUCACCGUGUUUGGAGGAGGAGGAAUGCUGCCUAUGACCCCCAAGAACACCAUCCCCACCGUCAAACAUGGAGGUGGAAACAUUAUGCUUUGGGGGUGUUUUUCUGCUAAGGGGACAGGACAAUUUCACUGCAUCAAAGGGACGAUGGACGGGGCCAUGUACCGUCAAAUCUUGGGUGAGAACCUCCUUCUCUCAGCCAGGGCAUUGAAAAUGGGUCGUGGAUGGGUAUUCCAGCAUGACAAUGACCCAAAACACACAGCCAAGGCAACAAAGGAGUGGCUCAAGAAGAAGCACAUUAAGGUCCUGGAGUGGCCUAGCCAGUCUCCAGACCUUAAUCCCAUAGAAAAUCUGUGGAGGGAGCUGAAGGUUCGAGUUGCCAAACGUCAGGCUCGAAACCUUAAUGACUUGGAGAAGAUCUGCAAAGAGGAGUGGGACAAAAUCCCUCCUGAGAUGUGUGCAAACCUGGUGGCCAACUACAAGAAACGUCUGACCUCUGUGAUUGCCAACAAAGGUUUUGCCACCAAGUACUAAGUCAUGUUUUGCAGAGGUGUCAAAUACUUAUUUCCCUCAUUGAAAAUGCAAAUCAAUUUAUCAAAUAAACCUACCAUUAAAAUGAUAGACUGAUCAUUUCUUUGUCAGUGGGCAAACGUACAAAAUCAGCAGGGGAUCAAAUACUUUUUUCCCCUCACUGUACACUUGAAAUAAACAGCCUCUACUGAAAGGGACGCAGUUGUAAAUGAGAACUUGUUCUCAACUGGUUUACCUGGUUAAAUACAGGUGGAAAAAAAAAAAUCAUUCAUUUUUUUUUAAAGGGAUGGCAUCUCCCAAAAAAGACCGAUAAUUUACCUGACCGUUUUUGUUCGGUGCACAUAUUUCAUGUUAUUUGGUAUUUGUCACCCUCUCUGUCUGUCAAGUCCCUCCUUUUUCUGUCAAUUGGAAAGGAAUCUCUUACAUGUAGCUGUGUCCAAGACCAAUCAAAGAUCUUAGCUGCUUCCUAUCCUGAGACCAAUCAGAGAGCAGGAGAGAUCUUUGCUGCCAAUCAGAGAGAGUACCUGCAGACAGCUCGUAAUCUGCUGCUGCCCACUCCCAGAUUAUCCUCUUUUAACUCUACGAGCGGUGUGUAUGUAGGUGUGUGUGUGUGUGUGUGUGUGGGAGUUCAGGAGUGUGUGUGUGUGUGCACGCUUUGGCCGUGAGGCGAGCGCUCUAUCCGUGCAUGGACUUUCCAGAACAUACACAACCACUUCACUCUUGGCUAAGACGCCAUCGCCGACCGGACACACACAACAGAGGCCAUGGCGGACUAACAGUCUUGUUGUCGGUUGGGAUAUUAUUCGAAUACUAUUGGAACAUCCUUUGAUUGGAACAGGAUGGCAUGAGUUAGCGUGGUGUGUUUUCCUGAGCUGUUAGCCGUGUGUCUGUGGAGUCUACUAUGGUACACGCCAGUCCUGUCGGCACGUCCCAGGGCGUGUGUGGUGGAAUAUGGUUUGGUACCUCUGUUGCCACUCCGACAGAGUCGCACCUCUAGGUGGGUACUGGGCACGCCACUGGACCGCUGUAGACUAGCUCCGUGUCCCAAAUGGCUCCCUAUGAAGUGUACUAUAUUUGUCCAGGACCCAUAGGGCUAUGGUCAAAAGUAGAGCACUAUAUAGGGAAUGGGGUGCCAUUUGGGACUGCCUAGGAAGUGGUCAACGCUGACACUAGUGUGUCUUUUAGCAAUGAAGCGAUAGUUGGAGUGAGUUAGCGGUUGUACUUGCUGUGUUCAUGCUCUCCCUGUCUGGUUGUGGUGGUUGGUGCAGGAAGUAAAAGUACAACGAAGCACUUUUCACUUUCAGAUAGUGGAAGUGUAAAUUGGAGGUCUUGUGUGAACUCGCUUGCUGCAUGUCUUUUAACCUUGUCACGAGACCCAAGCGUAGAACGCCAAUCAUUUCUCUCUGUAUGUCAGGCUACUCAGUCAUGGAGAUGUAGCCUCUUGUUUAAGAACAACAAAAUACUGUCAGCCUUUUUAAACAGGCUCAAACUUCAAACUCCAGCCAUUUUUAAAAGAGAUCAGUCUCAACCAGCCAUGUACAGUCCUGUCCUGAAACGGAAGGUUAGCCAUUUAGCCUAGCGGUUAACCUAGCGUGCUAAACUAAGAAGUGCGUCCCAAAUCAAAUCAAAUGAAAUUUUAUUGGUCACAGACACAUGUUUAGCAGAUGUUAUUGCGGUUGUAGCGAAAUGCUUGUGUUCCUAGCUCCAACAGUGCAGUAAUAUCUAACAAUACACACAAAUCUAAAAGUAAAAUAAUGGAAUUAAGAAAUAUAUAUAUAAACAUUAUUUAUUUUAAAUAUAUAAACAUUAUUUAUAGUGACUAGUGUUCCAUUUUUAAAGUGGCCAGUGAUUUCAAGUCUAUUUAUAUUGGGCAGCAGCCUCUAAGGUGAGGGUUACGUAACCGGGUGAUGGCUUUUUAACAGGUGGCACCUUAUUCUCUAUAAUAGUGUACUACUUUUAACCAGAGCCCUAUGGUGCUGCAGUGCACCAUAGUAAAUAACAGGUCCAGGAGUCAGUCAGUGAGCUAGCUAGCGAGGGGAUGAGACAUGUCCUGGAGUCAGUCAGUCGGUCAGUGAGCUAGCUAGAGAGGGGAUGAGACAUGUCCUGGAGUCAGUCAGUCAGUCGGUGAGCUAGCUAGCGAGGGGAUGAGACAUGUCCUGGAGUCAGUCAGUCAGUCAGUGAGCUAGCUAGCGAGGGGAUGAGACAUGUCCUGGAGUUCCAGGUAGUCCAGUCAGUGAGCUAGCUAGCGACCGGGUAUGAGACAUGUCCUGGAGUCGUCAGUCAGUGAGGCUAGCUAGCGAGGGGUAUGAGACAUGCCUAUGAGUCAGUCAGUCAGUCCCGUGAGCUAUCUAGAGAGGGGAUGAGGACAUGUCCCUUGGAGUCAGUCAAGUCAUGUUUGAGCUAGCUACGCUAGGUGGUGUGCUAGCGCUGUACCAGGCCUUACCACUGACAGUACGUAGCUCUGCUAGGCAUGACCAGGUACCACUCACUAAGCCCGCAGUCGUGCUAGCUCAGGGCAGGACUUCCUGAGUCAGUCACGUCUCAGUCAGUGGCUAGCUAAGAGGGGAUGAACAUCCGGAGCCGUCAGUCUCAGUCAUACUAGCUAGAGGGAUGAACGCUGGGCCGUCCUAGAGGUAAUCAGUUUCGAUAUUACAGUUCAGCAGCUGGAGUCCUACACUGAGUUACUCACAGCAACAGAUGAGCGUAUUUAUCCCCCUAGCUCUGCUUCCUCCUUCCUACUUCCUAUACUCAGCGCUGCUUAUGAUCCAGUGCCUUACGCACUAAUCCCGCUAGGCUCUGUCGCUAGUCCUACAGGCCUUACCACUGCACUAAUCACCGCUAGGCUCUGUUCGCUAGUCCAUACCAGGCCUUACCACUGCACUAAUCACCGCUAGGCUCUGUUCGCUAGUCCAUACCAGGCCUUACCCCUAAUCACCGCUAGGCCUGUUCCUAUCACCAGGCCUUACCACUGCACUAAUCACCGCUAGGCUCUGUUCGCUAGUCCCUACCAGGCCUUACCACUGCACUAAUCACCGCUAGGCUCUGUUCGCUAGUCCCAUACCAGGCCUUACCACUGCACUAAUCACCGCUAGGCUCUGUUCGCUAGUCCAUACCAGGCCUUACCACUGCACUAAUCACCGCUAGGCUCUGUUCGCUAGUCCAUACCAGGCCUUACCACUGCACUAAUCACCGCUAGGCUCUGUUCGCUAGUCCAUACCAGGCCUUACCACUGCACUAAUCACCGCUAGGCUCUGUUCGCUAGUCCAUACCAGGCCUUACCACUGCACUAAUCACCGCUAGGCUCUGUUCGCUAGUCCAUACCAGGCCUUACCACUGCACUAAUCACCGCUAGGCUCUGUUCGCUAGUCCAUACCAGGCCUUACCACUGCACUAAUCACCGCUAGGCUCUGUUCGCUAGUCCAUACCAGGCCUUACCACUGCACUAAUCACCGCUAGGCUCUGUUCGCUAGUCCAUACCAGGCCUUACCACUGCACUAAUCACCGCUAGGCUCUGUUCGCUAGUCCCUACCAGGCCUUACCACUGCACUAAUCACCGCUAGGCUCUGUUCGCUAGUCCAUACCAGGCCUUACCACUGCACUAAUCACCGCUAGGCUCUGUUCGCUAGUCCAUACCAGGCCUUACCACUGCACUAAUCACCGCUAGGCUCUGUUCGCUAGUCCAUUCCAGGCCUUACCACUGCACUAAUCACCGCUAGGCUCUGUUCGCUAGUCCAUACCAGGCCUUACCACUGCACUAAUCACCGCUAGGCUCUGUUCGCUAGUCCAUACCAGGCCUUACCACUGCACUAAUCACCGCUAGGCUAGCCCAUGCUGACCUGCGUUCAGUAAGCACAACACAAAUAGCUUUCAUUCAUGUUUGUUUAGCGUUUGGGAUUGAUACAGGACUAUAUUGGUGUUCUCUCAGUGUUUCUGAAAGACUAGUUGGAGGACCUAUUUCUUGAGGUUUUAUGUGUGUGUGUGUGUGUGUGUGUGUGUGUGUGUGUGUGUGUGUGUGUGUGUGUGCGACGUGCGUGCGUGUUUGUGCUUGUAGGAUUUAGUGUUGUCUAGUUGCUCUACUCUUAAAGGGGCAUUCAUUCAGUCAGUGGCAGUCCCAACCACACACACCUGCCCCCCCCCCACACCACUCCACGCGUCUCAAUAUUAAUCUGUCCACUAUUACUUCCUCCAUGCCAUCUCCAUACAGACCCUCUCUCUUCCUCUCUCUCUCUCUCUCUCUCUGUCUCCCAGGUUGUGUUCUCUAUUUGUUUAAGCCUGAUGUUUCAGAGCAUUCUCUCUGACUGAACGGAGGUUAAAAGGUUAUUGAACCACAACCACUGAAGCGGCUGGUAAUUACUUGUUUCCAAUCAGUCCGAUUGACCUCUCCACUUCUCUCUUUGAACUCAAUCCACAGAGGUCAACUGUACCCUGCUGAGGUGGGCUCUUCCAGGAAUAAACCUCAGGAGGAUGGAGUGAGUGAGUGAGGAGGGAGUGAGGGAGGGAGGGAGAGAAGGAUCUAUGGAGGUGGAGAGGGAGAUGGAAAGGCCCUCUCAAUCCACACACACGUCCCAAUCUGCAGCUUUCACUGCUGGGCUGAAUGGCUAGCUACCCUGGCUAUAUUCUCCCCCAGUGGCAUCACUGUCUUAUUGACCCAUUAGUCUUAUAAAUGCAGACAGCAAACUAGGAUGUGGGCCUUAGCAGUGAGCCUUAGGAACCAGCUUGGCUUUGUGGUGGAUAUCCGGACUGGUCUUCUCUCCUCUCAGAAAGUGAAUAUGACUUGGUCUGCAUCCCAAAAUGGCAGCCUAUUCCCUAUAUAGUGCACUACAAAAGUAGUGCACAAUGUAGGGAAUAGGGUGCCAUUAGGUGUGCAGUCUUAAUUUGUGUAUGUGUGUUUUGACACCUGUCUGAGGGACAUGUAUGGGAUGACUCAUGGGACAGUGUGGCGGAAAGGGAAGCCUGGGCUAGUGUGAGCUAGCGAGCCUUAGGCUAAUCCUAUUAGCGUAAAGCUGUGGAUUAGCGCGAUGAUUGUAGUGGGAGGAUGAACCCAGGAUCUCUGGCCCUGGGGCUGGCAGGUUUCAUACUUAACAGUAGCUAUAUUGGUGCAUCUAGUGAGCCUUGGCCCUGAGUCAUGGUCUCACCUCAAGACUAACCUGGAAAGACUAAAUCACUUACAGAUAGGGUUGCAAAAUUCCGAUAACCAGAAUUCCAAGGUUUUCCAGAAAUCCCGGAUGGAAGAUUCCCGGAAUCAGGGAAUAAGCAGGAAAUCUUGAAUCCUCCAAAUCCUGGGAAUUUGGGGAAAGUUACUGGAAUUUUUGCAACCCUACUUACAGAUCUGGGACCAGGGUACUUGAGAAGACUACUAUCCUCUGUCCUCCUGCUCAUUACAAAACUCCAUAAUCAGAAUGGAACCAUGAAACGUGUUGACCUUAUCGGCAUGGCUCCAUAUCUUCAUCCAAGUCCGUGUCGUCCACUACAGCACCAUAUUGAGAGAAACUGAAGCUGGGUGAAGAUCUAAACUGUUGUUUCCUUUCCUUACUGUGCUAACACUGCUAGGUCAUGUGACUUGUGUCCCCUGUAGCUCAUUUGGUAGAGCAUGGCGCUUGCAACGCCAGGGUUGUGGGUUCGUUUCCCACGGGGGGGGGGGGGGGCAGUAUGAAAAAUGUAUGCACUCACUAACUGUAAGUCACUCUGGAUAAGAGCGUCUGCUAAAUGACUAAAAUGUAAAUGUUCUAGUAAGAAGACGCUCAGCGAAUCUACAAAAACCACUCUAGGUUGGUUGCCAUUUUGAUUAUUUUAAAAAGUGUUGUCUUCCUCUCCCCUCCUGCAGUAGAAGAGUCUGAUAUCAUUGACUUGGAGAAGCGCUACUGGCUGCUGAAAGCCCAGUCCAGGACCGGCCGCUUUGACUUGGAAACCUUUGUCCCGCUGGUCUCCCCUCCCAUUCACCCUUCGCUAAGUGAAGGUAUGUUCUCUCCUCCCAUUCACCCUUCGCUAAGUGAAGGUAUGUUCUCCUCCCAUUCACCCUUCGCUAAGUGAAGGGGGGGGAAGUUGUUGUCUUUGCGCUAGCUAGCUAACGUUUGCUUAUAGCUACAUUGUCAAACACACAAGGUUAACAGCUGACGUUAGCUAGCAAGCUAACUUGAUUAGCAGUAGUAGCCGCUAGAGAUGCUUCCUCUCACUCCACUGGGUCCCAGAGCGAGGCACCAUGAAGGUCGUUCGAGUGGGCAGGGAUUUAGCCCAAGGACACACCUUUUCACCAAGGCUAUGGCUGGGCCAAACCCCCAUGUGUUCGUUCAAACUAUAAAACAACAAGCAGGAAGUGUCAGGUUUGACGUGUAUGCGGAAAACGAAGUCAAGCGCAGGACACCGAGCGACUGGCAGACGUACUUUACUAAACACAGUAAUGAAAGUACAAAACAACAAAACCUCCAAGCAGGGAGGAACAACACUAGCAUACAACAGCACUGCCGACCUAACGGAGAACAUUCACACACAACAAACAAAUGAGAGACAGGGUUUUUUAAAAGGGAAUACAAUGAACACUAAUGGGGACACAGGUGUAAACAAUACAAACCAAUCUAGACAAACACCGAAACAUAGAUCGGUAGCAGCUAGUACUCCGGGGACGACGAACGCCGAAGCCUGCCCGAGCAAGGAGGAGGAGCAGCCUCGGCUGAAUCCGUGACAGAAGAGUGAAAAGCAGCCAUAAGUCAUGUUAUGCAUGUCUACCACUUUUAUAAACCUAAUCAUUAAUAUUUAAACGUUUCUGUCAGAAUUUCUGUGGUUCAUGAUGUAAAAUACACAAAUACAUGAACAUUUAUGAAUGUUAAUGUGAUCCUUGUGAUACGGUUCGAACGAGUUCCCUAAAGAUCUGACACCAAGCCUUCUCACAAAGCUAUUUCUCUUUCGCAAAUAGCCAUGUUCUACUACAAAAUGGAUCACUUUUGAUGUUGUUUUUCCAGGUUUGUUUCAUGCCUUCGACGAGAACCGUGACAAUCACAUCGACUUUAAGGAGAUCUCCUGUGGCCUGUCUGCCUGUUGCCGGGGGCCCGUCGCCGAGAGGCAGAAAUGUAAGAGCUGCUAUGUGAUAUGUUCUAAUAGGAAGUAGUGAUUUCCUAACCUAAAUGCUUCCUUUCACACAUUAUGGUGUGUGUGUGUGUGUGUGCAUGUACGUGUGAGUGGAAGAGAUGUAGCGCUUUUCCCAAUCUCCUUAUCUCGUUUUUUUUUUUACUGUUGUCGACUGCCUCUGGAUAGUCAUUAGUAUGCAAUCUACCCUGUCAUCAAAAUUCGCAUCAGGCCUUGAAAUUACAUUUUCAUGCUUGGAAAUGGCAGCAGAUAUUGGAAUUUAAGACUCUAGUUAAUGAUCUAAGUAAUUCACUGCAGACCACACUGAGGAAUACAGAUGACUAGCAGAAUAUGUUUUGGUACAACUGCGGCUUGAACAGCGACUGUUGCUUUGAGGAGUCUGUAGUUAGAAACUACAAUGUUAUGGUUAUGGAGUAUUUUGUACCCUCCUUCUCUCUUGUGUUUCUCAGUUUGUUUCAAAGUGUUUGACGUGGACCGGGAUGGGGUUCUGUCUCGAGACGAAAUCCAUGAGAUGGUAGCCGCACUUCUGGAGGUGUGGAAGGACAAUCGCACAGACACACUUCCUGUAAGUACUGCUGGACACAGACACACUUCCUGUAAGUUCUGCUGGACACAGACACACUUCCUGUAAGUACUGCUGGACACAGACACACUUCCUGUAAGUUCUGCUGGACACAGACACACUUCCUGUAAGUUCUGCUGGACACAGACACACUUCCUGUAAGUACUGCUGGACACAGACACACUUCCUGUAAGUUCUGCUGGACACAGACACACUUCCUGUAAGUUCUGCUGGACACAGACACACUUCCUGUAAGUACUGCUGGACACAGACACACUUCCUGUAAGUUCUGCUGGACACAGACACACUUCCUGUAAGUUCUGCUGGACACAGACACACUCUGUAAGUUCUGCUGGACACAGACACACUCUCUGUAAGUUCUGCUGGGACACAGGCUAAAUGGCUAGUGUAAUGGAGAUGGUUGGGCUUUGUUAAGUAAGCGACCUUAUCAAAGUUUUGACUCUUGUCCUGUUUUCAGGAGUUGCUCACCAACGUGUCGGACAUAGUGGAGGGAAUCCUGAAGGGGCACGACACGACCAAGGUCAGACUCUUCUAGGUGUUUUUGUCUGUAACGUGAUUGGACUUAAAUUAUCUCAUAAUGCUGCUGCUGUCCACUGACAUUUAACCCUUGUCUUUGACUUAACCUUUGACCCCCACACACACACAGCUGGGUCACCUGACCCUGGAGGACUACCAGAUCUGGAGUGUGAAGAGCGCUCUGGCCAACGAGUUGCUCAACCUGCUGUUCCAGGUCAGAUCACACACACACACACACACACAGUUUAUAGUUUGCUUUCUCUUCAUGCCCCUCUGUCUGUGUUUCUGCAGGUCUGCCACAUUGUCCUGGGGCUUCGACCUGCCACUCCUGAAGAGGAGGGACAAAUCAUCAGGUAAUACACAUAACAAAUCUGUCGUUCUUCCCCUGAGCAAGGCAGUUAACCCACAGUUCCCCGGGUGCCGAUGACGUGGAUGUCGAUUUAAGGCAGCCCUCCGCACAUCUCUGAUUCAGAGGGGUUGGGUUAAACACAUUUCAGUUGAAUGAAUUCAGUUUUACAACUGACUAGAUAUCCCCCUUUCCUUUCCCCUGAACAACUCUUAAACAUGUUUUACACCUCUACAGUUUAAAGCUCUGAACUCGUGUGUGUGUGUGUGUGUGUGUGUGUGUGUGUGUGUGUGUGUGUGUGUGUGUGUGUGUGUGUGUGUGUGUGUGUGUGUGUGUGUGUGUGUGUGGUUCAGGGGGUGGCUGGACAGAGAGAACAGGCAUGGGCUCCAGCCUGGUGAGAACUGGUUCCUCAUCUCCAGCCAGUGGUGGAUGCUCUGGAAAGACUACGUCAAAUAUGUGAGUGGAAGUCCAAGGGUUGCGUCCCAAAUGGCACCAGGGCCCAUGGGUCAAAUGAAGUGCACUACGUAGGGAAUAGGGUGCCAUUUGGGAAGCACAUCAAAUAUAGGCCUAACUUAACUUGAAUAGCAGAAUAAUCACAGCAUACCAACGUUACUAACCAUCCUUCCCUCUCCCCAGGACCACAAGUCCAUCGUGGUGGAUCAGCCCUCUAUCCUCUCCUCUCUGAGGAAUCCUCAGGCCUCUGCCACCGUCGAGCCUGCCCCCCUGGAGCCAGGGGUAGGGGUAGGUCUGGGGGUCCCCAGCCCAGCCAGCCCCUCAGGAGAGAGGUCCCCUGAUGUUGUGUCCAGCGCCUCUGAAGCCACAGAGACCCACAGCAAAGGUCAGUGAACAGACCACUAGGCAGCGCUGUGCAUACUGUUACAACUUCAAACUAUGGGUUAUAACUGUUUAUUAAUGAAUGAUUUACUCUUUAUAAACUACGUUUAAACCUUUUACAACCCCUCUAAGGGUACCUUAACCUGAAUUUAAAGUGUACCUGUGAUGCCGUCACCCCCCCCCCUCCUCCUCAGUGGUGAACCCCCAGGCCGGCCCCUCAGCCACAGAGAUCUGUUUUGCCCGGCAACACGUGUCAGACAACAACCAGUGUUUCUCCAGGGUCAACGGCCACAUCCCCUCCGUCUCUCAGUCCCAGUCUCAGUCCCAGCUGGCAGCUCAGAGGCCUGGAGCCAUCGACAACCAGCCCCUGGUCAACACAGACCCCAUGAAGGUGUGUGUUUGCCCUCCAUAUUAUUUACAUUUACAUCAUUUAGCAGACGCUCUUAUCCAGAGCGACUUACAAAUUGGUGCAUUCAACUUAUGAUAACCAGUGGGACAACCACUUUUUUUGUUUUAUGGGGGGGGUGACUUUAUACUUUUCCAGGUAUUCCUUAAAGAGGUAGGGUUUCAAGUGUCUCCGGAAGGUGGGAACUGUGCUUCCGCAGAGGUAGGGGAGCUAGCAGGCCAGAGGUGGCUAUAUCGUACAAAUUCAGGAAGCAGGCAGAGGUGGAUGAUGAACUUAGUGCCCUCGUUUGGGUGUAGGGUCUGAUCAGAGCCUGAAGUUAAGGAGGUGCCGUUCCCCUCACAGCUCUGUAGGCAAACACCAUGGUCUUGUAAUAGAUGCGAGCCUCAACUGGAAGCCAGUAGAGUGUGCGGAGGAGCGGGAUGACGUGAGAGAACUUGGGAAGGUUGAACACCAGACGGGCUGCGGCGUUCUGGAUAAGUUGUAGGGGUUUAAUGGCACAGGCAGGGAGCCCAGCCAACAGCGAGUUGCAGUAAUCCAGACGGGAGAUGACAAGUGCCUGGAUUAGGACCUGUGCCGCUUUCUGUGUAAGGUAGGGUCGUACUCUGCGAAUGUUGUAGAGCAUGAACCUGCAGGAUCGGGUCACCGCUUUGAUGUUAGCGGAGAACGACGGUGUUGUCCAGGGUCACGCCAAGGUUCUUUGCACUCUGGGAGGAGGACACAACGGAGUUGUCAACCGUGAUGGCGAGAUCAUGGAGCGGGCAGUCCUUCCCCGGGAGGAAGAGCAGCUCCGUCUUGCCGAGGUUCAGCUUGAGGUGGUGAUCCGUCAUCCACACUGAUAUGUCUGCCAGACAUGCAGAGAUGCGAUUCGCCACCUGGUUAUCAGAAGGGGGAAAGGAGAAAAUGAAUUCUGUCUCUGUCUCUCGCUUUCCUCCUGUCUCUCUGUGACGAUACGGCCAGGCAUUAGGCAUGGCCUGUGUAUAUCCAUCAUCAGUAAUGGAGGAGUAGAGGGGGCAAUGUGUGUCCUCUUUUCACCCCAGUCUCUCUCCUGUUCCCCAGGCCCCCACAUUGACCAUGGAGGGAGGCCGGUUGAGGCAGUCCUUACAGCUGGUGGAAGGCAGGGACUUUGAGACGGUACCAGAGCCUGUGUGGAGGGCACUGUUCCACUGGUAUGGAGCCAACCUCAGCCUGCCACGACCGGUAUGUAUGGUCCACAACCACCCCUCACACUAUCACUGAACCACAACACAACCACCCCUCACACUAUCACUGAACCACAACACAACCACCCCUCACAGUAUCACUGAACCACAACACAACCACCCCUCACACUAUCACUGAACCACAACACAACCACACCUCACACUAUCACUGAACCACAACACAACCACCCCUCACACUAUCACUGAACCACAACACAACCACACCUCACAGUGUCACUGAACCACAACCACCCCUCACAGUGUCACUGAACCACAACACAACCACCCCUCACACUAUCACCGAACCACAACACAACCACCCCUCACACUAUCACUGAACCACAACACAACCACCCCUCACACUAUCACUGAACCACAACACAACCACCCCUCACACUAUCACUGAACCACAACACAACCACACCUCACACUAUCACUGAACCACAACACAACCACCCCUCACACUAUCACUGAACCACAACACAACCACCCCUCACACUAUCACGGAACCACAACACAACCACACCUCACACUAUCACUGAACCACAACCACCCCUCACAGUAUCACUGAACCACAACACAACCACCCCUCACACUAUCACUGAACCACAACACAACCACCCCUCACACUAUCACUGAACCACAACACAACCACACCUCACACUAUCACUGAACCACAACCACCCCUCACAGUAUCACUGAACCACAACACAACCACACCUCACACUAUCACUGAACCACAACCACCCCUCACAGUAUCACUGAACCACAACACAACCACCCCUCACACUAUCACUGAACCACAACACAACCACCCCUCACACUAUCACUGAACCACAACACAACCACCCCUCACACUAUCACGGAACCACAACACAACCACACCUCACACUAUCACUGAACCACAACCACCCCUCACACUAUCACUGAACCACAACACAACCACCCCUCACACUAUCACUGAACCACAACACAACCACCCCUCACACUAUCACUGAACCACAACACAACCACCCCUCACAGUGUCACUGAACCACAACACAACCACCCCUCACAGUAUCACUGAACCACAACACAACCACCCCUCACACUAUCACUGAACCACAACACAACCACCCCUCACAGUAUCACUGAACCACAACACAACCACCCCUCACAGUGUCACUGAACCACAACACAACCACCCCUCACAGUAUCACUGAACCACAACACAACCACCCCUCACACUAUCACUGAACCACAACACAACCACCCCUCACACUAUCACUGAACCACAACACAACCACCCCUCACAGUAUCACUGAACCACAACACAACCACCCCUCACACUAUCACUGAACCACAACACAACCACCCCUCACACUAUCACUGAACCAUAGAUGGUCACCUCGAGGACCAGGUCUAGCUUGAGAGAUUUUCACACCAUUGUGGAUGAUUUUUCUGAAAGUUACAGUUAUGUGUCCGUACCUGAAGUUAAGGUUCAGCCCUUACAGUUUGAGUUUAUUUAUUCUUGCUCACAGAUAAAACUGAAGAAAUGCAGAAUUUACAGUACUAAUAAUUACAAAACACUAAUUUUAAAAUCCAUAACACAAUAAUAAUAUGUGACAGAACAGAAUACAAAACACUUGAAACAUUACAGGACAUUUGUCUUUGAAAUUGAAAUAUUUAAAUGGUUAAAAAAAUAUAAUCUUUGGGGAAAACCAUUUAAGAGCUAGAGUUAUUAUACAGUCUGACAGCAGCGGGUAGAGGUAAUUGUUGAAUGCAUAAUACUCUCCUCCUCCUGUCCUUUUCCAGGUGAUCCAGCAGACGAAAACAGGCGGUGCUGAGCUGGAGCUCUUCCCGCGUUACCUCCUCUUCCUGCGGCAGCAGGCCGCCACGCGCACCCCCCAGUCCAACAUCUGGGUUAACAUGGGUAUGACCAGCCUGAGAAUGUUCCCCCAGCACCUCCCCAGAGGUAACGUAAGCCUGCAGCAAGAAAGAAAGAAAGAAAGAAAGACGGCCUGCUAGGCGCCGCCAAAACGCUAGUGCUGCUACUGCAGUCCAACCCCUAAUCGUGCCCCUAAAAUGGACUGGUCCAGCCCCUAAUCAAGCUCUUAGAAUGGACUGCAGGAUGAGUCCAUGGUCCAUAGGGGGGUGAUAUGGUGCCAACUGACCGUACUAAAAGACCCUGAGAGCCUAACGCUUACUCUCUUGUCUGCAUAGCCUUGUUGUCAGAACAGUGGUGCUAUGAAGCUUGACACCCCCUUCGUAAAGCCUACAUAAAGGUGUUAUAAUGAUGACAAUAGAAAUGGUAAACAACAGCUGAUGACAAUGCUAGCCAAUUAGCCUACUUAAACAGAUUGGUGACUGUGUGGUAAACCCAUGCCAGCUGAUUCCAUCUCUUAUGUCAUCAUGCAUGGAGGAGUGGGACGUGGGCUACACCAUGUCAAGUCAAUGUAAACAAAAUGAUUAUGUAGGUUUCUAAUUAUAGUGUAAAAAAUAUUAUAAAUUAUGUGAGAUUUCUAGUUAGUCAAGUCUGUUAAUUCCAGGCGAUUUUAUGGGACUGAUCCUCCACUAAAGUAGCUCUAUUGUAAUCAAAUUGGGGGAGCGCUGCACAGAGGCACUAUGAGGUAUUAGAGCGCUGAUCUAAUCGGACCGGUGCUGUCAGAUAUCUGGCCCAGAGGAGUUAGUUUGGCUCCAGUCACAAAUACCAACUGACCAGGCAUAGAAAUAAUACCAUAUAUAAUAAUAAUAAUAUGCCAUUUAGCAGACGCUUUUAUCCAAAGUGACUUAGUCAUGUGUGCAUACAUUUUAUCUAUGGGUGGCCUCAGCGGGAAUCGAACCCACGAUCAUUGGUGUUGCAAGCUCCAUAGAAUGACUAGACCAGACAUACUGACCAAAGAGCAAGGUUGUGCUGCUGGGAUAAUAGGCUGUUUACGGCUUUUUUGAUUCAUUCUGUUUGCUUUCAAGGUAUUACCAAUCAAUCACAUAUUAAGAUUCGCUUUUUGUUGUUUUUUGGCUUUACUUUUCAAAUCAGUAAUAAUCGUUUCCAUUUGUUUUUAAUAAUUGUUUAUUAACUGAACUAAUAUAGAUGUUUGUUACCCUUUUUGAUUGAAUCAGAUUUGAAUCUUGUUUAAUGACUCGGUCUGUAUUAAUUAAAUUAGCUAAUCUAAAACCCCCUUUCUUGCUGCUUCCUUACAACUAAUCCUCCAUGAGCCAAACUGUUCUUUAUCUCUGAUGUAAAAAUGUGUUGAUUUUAACAAGUUUUCUAAAUGUAAAUAGGUCUCUGUGUGAGUCGGUCUGUCUGUGUGAGUCGGUCUGUCUGUGUGAGUCGGUCGGUCUGUCUGUGUGAGUCGGUCUGUCUGUGUGAGUGUUUACAAUAUUACAGGACUUUUGAGUAAUUCUAAUGAGUUUGGGAGCUCAUAGUCCUCUAAAGGCUGGCGUGUUCUCCCCCCUCGUCCCCCCUCGUCCCCUCUCUCUCCCCCCUCGUCCCUCUCUCUCUCUCUCCCCCCUCGUCCCUCUCUCUCUCCCCCCUCGUCCCCUCUCUCUCCCCCCCUCGUCCUCUCUCUCUCCCCCCUCGUCCUCUCUCUCUCCCCCCUCGUCCCUUCUCUCUCCCCCCUCGUCCCCCUCUCUCCCCCCUCGUCCCCCUCUCCUCCCCCCUCUUCCUCUGUCUCUCCCCCUCCCUCCCUCCCCCUCGUCCUCUGUCUCUCCCCCCCGUCCCCCCUCUCCCCCCUCGUCCCCCCCCCUCUCUCCCCCUCCCCUUCGUCCCCCCUCUUUUCCUCCCCCCCCCCCUCUCCCCCUCGUCCCCCCUCUCUCCCCCUCGUCCCCCUCUCUCUCCCCCCUCGUCCCCCUCUCUCCUCCCCCCUCUUUCCCCUCUCCUCUCCCCCCUCGUCCUCUCUCCUCUCCCCCCUCUUCCCUCUCUCUCCCCCCCCUCGUCCCUCCUCCUCCCCCUUCUCUCUCCUCCCGCUCCUCCUCCUCCCCCCUCUUUCCCCCCUUUCCCCCCUCUCUCCCCCCUCUCUCCCCCCUCGUCCCCCUCUCUCUCCCCCCCCCCCCUCUCCCUUCUCUCCCCCCCUGCCCCCCCUCUCUCUCCCCCCGUCCCCUCUCUCUCCCCCCCUCCCCUUCUCUUUUCCCCCCCCUUUCCCCCCCUCUCUCUCUCUCUCCCCCUCGUCCCCUCCCCCUUUUCCCCCCCUCCCCUCCCCUCUCUCCCCCCUCCCCCCUCCCCUCCUCUUCUCCCCCCUCGUCCCUCUCCUCUCUCCCCCCUCGUCCCCUCUUCUCUCCCCCCUCUUCCCCUCUCUCCUUCCCCCCUCUCCCCCUCUCUCUCCCCCCCUCUUCCCCUCUCUCCCCCCUCUUCCCCCUCUCUCCCCCUCUCUCCUUUUUCCCCCUCCCCCCUUUUUUUUCGCCCCUCUCUCUCCCCCCGCGUCCUUCCUUGCUCUCCCCCCUCUUCCCCCUCUCUCUCUCCCCCCUCUUCCCUCUCUCUCUUCCCCCCGUCCCCUCUCUCUCUCCCCCCUCUCCCUCUCUCUCUCCCCCCCUCGUCCCUCUCUCUCUCUCCCCCCUCUCCCCUCUCUUUUCUCCCCCUCUCUCUCUCUCCCCCCCUUCCCUCUCUCUCUCCCUCUCAUCUCUCUCUCUCUCUCCCCCCUCUCUCUCCCCCUCCCCCUCGUCCAUCUCUCUCUCUCCCCCCUCGGCCAUACUCCUCCUCUCCCCCCCUCGUCCCACUCUCUCUCUUCCCCCCUCGUCCCCCUCUCUCUCCCCCCCCCUCUUGCCUCAUUCGUCCUCCCCAACCCCCCCCACCCCUCCAGGUAACGUGCCCCUCCCCCAAUGCUCCUCUGAAGCGUGUCCUGGCCUAUACAGGCUGUUUCAGCCGCGUGGGCACCAUCAAGGACAUCCACCUGUACCUGUCUCAGAGGCUCCGCAUCAAAGACGAGGACAUGAGGCUGUGGCUCUACAACGGCGAGGUGUGUAUUCUUGAGAAACUAUCGCAUGUCGACAACUACAUUAUAAGUGAUAUUACGGUGACAUGAGAAAAUAUAAACUUGCAGAUGUUGACCUCUCCUCAUCCACACCUCCCUCCAGAACUAUCUGACCCUGUUCUCCUCCCCCCCAGAACCACCUGACCCUGUUCUCCUCCCCCCCAGAACUAUCUGACCUUGUUCUCCUCCCUCCAGAACUAUCUGACCCUGUUCUCCUCCUCCAGAACUAUCUGACCCUGUUCUCCUCCUCCAGAACUAUCUGACCCUGUUCUCCUCCCCCCAGAACCACCUGACCCUGUUCUCCCCCCCCCCCCAGAACUAUUUGACCCUGUUCUCCUCCCCCCAGAACCACCUGACCCUGUUCUCCUCCCCCAGAACCACCUGACCCUGUUCUCCCCCCCCCCAGAACUAUCUGACCCUGUUCUCCUCCCCCCAGAACCACCUGACCCUGUUCUCCUCCCCCAGAACCACCUGACCCUGUUCUCCUCCCCCCAGAACCAUCUGACCCUGUUCUCCUCCCCCAGAACCAUCUGACCCUGUUCUCCUCCCCCAGAACCACCUGACCUUGUUCUCCUCCCUCCAGAACUAUCUGACCCUGUUCUCCUCCCCCCCAGAACUAUCUGACCUUGUUCUCCUCCCUCCAGAACUAUCUGACCCUGUUCUCCUCCCCCCAAGAACUAUCUGACCCUGUUCUCCUCCCCCCAGAACCACCUGACCCUGUUCUCCUCCCCCCAGAACCACCUGACCCUGUUCUCCUCCCCCCAGAACCACCUGACCCUGUUCUCCUCCCCCCAGAACCAUCUGACCCUGUUCUCCUCCCCCACCAGAACUAUCUGACCCUGUUGGAUGAUGAGGACCACACUCUGGAGGGCCUGAAGAUCCAGGACGAGCAACACUUAGUUAUCGAGGGUACGUUCAAAAAGACACUUAGUAAUCGAGGGUACGUUCAGAAAGAUACUUAGUUAUCGAGGGUACGUUCAAAAAGACACUUAGUUAUCGAGGGUACGUUCAGAAAGAUACUUAGUUAUCGAGGGUACGUUCAAAAAGACACUUAGUUAUCGAGGGUACGUUCAAAAAGACACUUAGUUAUCGAGGGUACGUUCAAAAAUACACUUAGUUAUUGAGGGUAUGUUCAAAAAUACACUUAGUUAUCGAGGGUACGUUCAGAAAGACACUUAGUAAUCGAGGGUACGUUCAGAAAGAUACUUAGUUAUCGAGGGUACGUUCAAAAAGACACUUAGUUAUCGAGGGUACGUUCAGAAAGACACGUAGUUAUCGAGGGUACGUUCAGAAAGACACUUAGUUAUCGAGGGUACGUUCAGAAAGACACUUAGUUAUCGAGGGUACGUUCAAAAAGACACUUAGUUAUCGAGGGUACGUUCAGAAAGACACUUAGUUAUCGAGGGUACGUUCAGAAAGACACUUAGUUAUCGAGGGUACGUUCAGAAAGACACUUAGUUAUCGAGGGUACGUUCAGAAAGACACUUAGUUAUCAAGGAUACGUUCAGAAAGACACUUAUCAAGGGUACGUUCAAAAAUAUUUUUCAGCGCUAUAAUUAAUUAUAACUUCAUCUGACUGCUGAGUUUGCUGAGUCUGUUGAAAUGUUAAAAAACCCUGACUGCAAACUUAAAGACAAGGUAGCAGGUCUUUGUACUGUAAGUCAUUGAUGUAUAAAACCUUCAUCUUGUGUUUUUAGUUCGGAACAAAGACAUGAGCUGGCCAGAAGAGAUGUCCUUCAUCGCUAACAGCAGUAAAAUGGACCAACAUAAAGGUACCGCAGGACGGUGUCACUGACAUCAUCAUCCAACUUUACAUUUACAAGCCCCUUCUAUCGGUACGUACAUUUCCAAUGCAGUUAUCAAGAGCUUUCACUUUCAUUAUUUAGGAUGAUAGAUUCACGUCUCUACCCUCCCUCCCCUUCUCCCCUAAAACCUUUCAAACAUACAGUACCAAUCAAAAGUUUGGACACCUACUCAUUCCAGGGUUUGUCUUUAUUUUGACUAUUUUCUACAUUGUAGAAUAAUAGUGAAGACAUCAAAACUAUGAAAUAACACAUAUGGAAUCAUGUAGUAAACAAAAAAGUGUUAAGCAAAUCAAAAUAUAUUUUAUAUUUGAGAUUCUUCAAAAUAGCCACUCUUUGCCUUGAUGACAGCUUUGCACACUCUUGGCCUUCUCUCAACCAACUUCACCUGGAAUGCUUUUCCAACAGUCUUGAAGGAGUUCCCACAUAUGCUGAGCACUUGUUGGCUGCUUUUCCUUCACUCUGCGGUCCAACUCAUCCCAAACCAUCUCAAUUGGGUUGAGGUCGGGUCAAAAUAGAAUAGUCAAAAUAAAGAAAAACCCUGGAAUGAGUAGGUGUGUCCAAACUUUUGACUGGUGCUGUAUACGUAAAUAUGUAGCCUAAUACUGUACAUGUCUAUCCCCCCCCAGUUCCUACGGAGAAGGGUGCCACGGGCCUCAGUAACCUAGGCAACACAUGCUUUAUGAACUCUAGUAUCCAGUGUGUGAGCAACACCACGCCCCUCACUGAUUACUUCAUCUCAGGGAGACACCUUUAUGAACUCAACAGGUAGCUGUGUGUGUGUGUGUGUGUGUUUGUGAGCAUUCAUGCAUGUAUUGUGAAAAGGUUAACAUUACUGACUUGUGUUGUGUGUCCAGAACCAACCCCAUCGGGAUGCGAGGUCACAUGGCUAAAUGCUAUGGAGACCUGCUGAUGGAGCUGUGGAGUGGAACACAGAAGAACGUUGCUCCUCUCAAACUCAGGGUGGGUUAAUAAAUCCUUCACUGGACCUAAAAAAAAAUGGCAUGGAUCGUCACAACAGUGGAUGUGAUCUCCUUUCUCCCUGUAGUGGACAAUAGCUUGUACUAUGGCCUUAAUAACUCCGUAUGUGAUAUGAAUGACUAAUAUUCUCGUUCAGUGUUUUCUAAAAGCGCCAGUCCGUCGGCUAAAUAGCCGAUAACAGGCUUGUCAGCAGGCUACUUUUUCCACUUCAUUAAUUAACUAGGCUUCUUUUAAUUUAAAAGUUUAAAUUUGCUAGUCAGAAAAGUCUGUAAAGCCUUCUGCCACUAGAAUGAACGAUAUGCAUCUUCUAGUGAUCUCACGAUGGUAUAGAGGGAAACUGCUGCUUUGUCACUCUGUCUGUCCCACCUCUCGGUACCUGUGUUAUUUUUGUGCGCUCUGGUUGGCUGCAGUCUAAUUUAUUUUCAUGAUCAUAUAGGCCCAGACCGAGACGAUAUCCAAAACAACUAGCAAUACACUGAAUUCAUACAUUUUCAGCAAUUUUAAUUGUAAAGUCAUGUCUUUCUACUAAAUACCACAACAAAUUUGACCAAUCUAGGAGGUAAAAUCGUUAAAAAUAUUCAAUAAUUUAGCUGUGUAUAUCAGAUGGAAACAAGGCAAUAGAAUGUACGUAAAAAUGUAUGCACACAUGACUGUAAGUCGCUUUGGAUAAAAGUGUCUGCUAAAUGGCAUAUUAUUAUUAUUAUUAUUAUUAUUAUUAUUAUUAUUAUUACCAGAGACCACCAAAAUAGAGCUUGUUCUAAAAAAAAAUCCCCGUGGGCAUGCCCCUCCGACCCACCCCAGUCCGGAACUCCCUGGCUGGCUACGUGUUCUAUUUGGCUGGCUACAUGUUCUAUAUGGCUGGCUACAUGUUCUAUUUGGCUGGCUACAUGUUCUAUUUGGCUGGCUACAUGUUCUAUAUGGCUGGCUACAUGUUCUAUAUGGCUCGCUACAUGUUCUAUAUGGCUGGCUACAUGUUCUAUAUGGCUGGCUACAUGUUCUAUAUGGCUGGCUACGUGUUCUAUAUGGCUGGCUACGUGUUCUAUAUGGCUGGCUACGUGUUCUAUAUGGCUGGCUACGUGUUCUAUAUGGCUGGCUACGUGUUCUAUAUGGCUGGCUACGUGUUCUAUAUGGCUGGCUACGUGUUCUAUAUGGCUGGCUACGUGUUCUAUAUGGCUGGCUACUCCAUGUCCUUACGGAAGACACUGCUCAUUCUCCCCUCUGUAGUGGACGAUAGUAAAGCAAGAAACUAGAUGUCUGUGAAACUGUUACCUUAAUAAUUUAGUUUCCAUUCUCCCCCCCGUACUGGACGAUAGCUUGUACUAUGGUCUUAAUGACUCCAUAUGGCUACGUUUACACAGGCAGCCCAAUUCUGAUAUUUUUUUCACUAAUUUGUCUUUUGACCAUUCGGAUCAGCUCUGAAGAAGAUCUGAUGUGAUUGGUCAAAACACAAAUGAGUGGAAAAAAGAUCAGAAUUGGUCUGCUUGUGUAAACGCAGCCAUUAUGAUAUGAAUGAAUGGACUAAUAUGUGGUUGUCUCUCUACCGCCCUGUUUAGUGGACAAUAGCGAAAUACGCCCCACGGUUCAACGGCUUCCAGCAGCAGGACAGUCAGGAGCUUCUGGCGUUCUUAUUGGACGGGCUCCAUGAGGACCUGAACAGGGUGCAUGAGAAACCCUACGUAGAGCUGAAGGACAGCAACGGACGACCCGACUGGGAGGUCGCCUUAGAGGUCAGAGUUCAAUCAAUAAACCAAUCAAACGCACAAAUACACGCACAACUACACACACACACACGCACAAUCAACCAACACACACACGUUCAAUCAAUUAAUCAAUCUUUAUUUUCCCAGAGAGAAUUUAGCACUGUUAAUAAAAUCGAUAAACACAAACAGUAAAAAACUAGACUGUAUAGUACAUCACUACAUCAUCAUAGUCCUUUGGAGCAUCUUCUGGCAGCCAUCUUAGGUGACUAGAGACGAGGAGAGAGUCCAUCUUAGGUGGCUAGAGACCAGGAGAGAGUCCAUCUUAGGUGGCUAGAGACCAGGAGAGAGUCCAUCUUAGGUGACUAGAGACCAGGAGAGAGGAGAGAGUCCAUCUUAGGUGGCUAGAGACCAGGAGAGAGGAGAGAGUCCAUCUUAGGUGGCUAGAGACCAGGAGAGAGGAGAGAGUCCAUCUUAGGUGGCUAGAGACCAGGAGAGAGGAGAGAGUCCAUCUUAGGUGGCUAGAGACCAGGAGAGAGUCCAUCUUAGGUGACUAGAGACCAGGAGAGAGUCCAUCUUAGGUGACUAGAGACCAGGAGAGAGGAGGAGUCCAUCUUAGGUGACUAGAGACCAGGAGAGAGUCCCAUCUUAGGUGACUAGAGACAGGAGAGAGGAGAGAGUCCAUCUUAGGUGACUAGAGACCAGGAGAGAGUCCAUCUUGGGUGACUAGAGACCAGGAGAGAGGAGAGAGUCCAUCUUAGGUGACUAGAGACGAGGAGAGAGGAGAGAGUCCAUCUUAGGUGGCUAGAGACCAGGAGAGAGUCCAUCUUAGGUGGCUAGAGACCAGGAGAGAGGAGAGAGUCCAUCUUAGGUGACUAGAGACCAGGAGAGAGGAGAGAGUCCAUCUUAGGUGACUAGAGACCAGGAGAGAGUCCAUCUUAGGUGACUAGAGACCAGGAGAGAGGAGAGAGUCCAUCUUAGGUGACUAGAGACGAGGAGAGAGGAGAGAGUCCAUCUUAGGUGACUAGAGACCAGGAGAGAGGAGAGAGUCCAUCUUAGGUGGCUAGAGACCAGGAGAGAGGAGAGUCCAUCUUAGGUGACUAGAGACCAGGAGAGAGUCCAUCUUAGGUGACUAGAGACCAGGAGAGAGUCCAUCUUAGGUGACUAGAGACCAGGAGAGAGGAGAGAGUCCAUCUUAGGUGGCUAGAGACCAGGAGAGAGGAGAGAGUCCAUCUUAGGUGGCUAGAGACCAGGAGAGAGUCCAUCUUAGGUGGCUAGAGACGAGGAGAGAGUCCAUCUUAGGUGACUAGAGACCAGGAGAGAGUCCAUCUUAGGUGACUAGAGACCAGGGAGAGAGGGAGGAGAGUCCAUCUUAGGUGACUAGAGACCAGGAGAGAGGAGAGAGUCCAUCUUAGGUGGCUAGAGACCAGGAGAGAGGAGGAGAGUCCAUCUUAGGUGACUAGAGACCAGGAGAGAGUCCAUCUUAGGUGACUAGAGACCAGGAGAGAGUCCAUCUUAGGUGACUAGAGACCAGGAGAGAGGAGAGAGUCCAUCUUAGGUGACUAUAGGACCAGGAGAGAGGAGAGAGUCCAUCUUAGGUGGCUAGAGACCAGGAGAGAGGAGAGAGUCCAUCUUAGGUGGCUAGAGACCAGGAGAGAGGAGAGAGUCCAUCUUAGGUGACUAAAACCCAAAGGAGAGAGUCCAUCUUAGGUGACUAGAGACCAGGGGGAGAGGAGAGAGUCCAUCUUAGUGACUAGAGACCAAGAGAGAGGAGGGGAGUCCAUCUUAGGUGACUAGAGACCAAGAGAGAGUCCAUCUUAGGUGACUAGAGACCAGGGGAGAGUCAUCUUAGGUGGCUAGAGACCAGGAGAGAGGAGAGAGUCCAUUUUAGGUGACUAGAGACCAGGAGAGAGGAGAGAGUCCAUCUUAGGUGGCUAGAGACCAGGAGAGAGGGAGAGUCCAUCUUAGGUGGCUAGAGACCAGGAGAGAGGAGAGAGUCCAUUUAGGUGACUAGAGACCAGGAGAGAGGAGAGAGUCCAUCUAGGGGGACUAGAGACCAGGAGAGAGUCCAUCUAGGUGACUAGAGAACAGGAGAGAGGAGAGAGUCAUCUUAGGUGACUAGAGACCAGGAGAGAGGAGGGGAGUCCAUCUUAGGUGAUAGAGACCAGGAGAGAGUCCAUCUUAGGUGACUAGAGACCGGGGAGAGAGGAGAGAGGUCCAUCUUAGGUGACUAGAGACCAGGAGAGAGUCCAUCUUAGGUGAAUAGAGACCAGGAGGAGAGGAGAGAGUCCAUCUUAGGUGACUAGAGACCAGGAGAGAGUCCAUCUUAGGUGACUAGAGACCGGGAGAGAGGGAGAGAGUCCAUCUUGGUGACUAGAGACCAGGAGAGAGUCCAUCUUAGGUGACUAGAGACCAGGGAGAGAGUCCAUCUUAGGUGGCUAGAGACCAGGAGAGAGGAGAGAGUCCAUCUUAGGUGACUAGGACCAAGAGAGAGGAGAGAGUCCAUCUUAGGUGGCUAGAGACCAGGAGAGAGGAGAGAGUCCAUCUUAGGUGGCUAGAGACGAAGAGAGAGGAGAGAGCCCAUCUUAGGUGGCUAGAGACCAGGAGAGAGGAGAGUCCAUCUUAGGUGGCAGAGACCAGGAGAGAGGGGAGAGUCCAUCUUAGGUGGCUAGAGACCAGGAGAGAGUCCAUCUUAGGUGACUAGAGACCAGGAGCGAGUCCAUCUUAGGUGACUAGAGACCAGGAGAGAGGAGAGAGUCCAUCUUAGGGUGGCUAGAGACCAGGAGAGAGGAGAGAGUCCAUCUUAGGUGGCUAGAGACCAGGAGAGAGUCCAUCUUAGGUGACUAGAGACCAGGAGAGAGUCCAUCUUAGGUGACUAGAGACCAGGAGAGAGGAGAGAGUCCAUCUUAGGUGACUAGAGACCAGGAGAGAGUCCAUCUUAGGUGACUAGAGACCAGGAGAGAGGAGAGAGUCCAUCUUAGGUGACUAGAGACCAAGAGAGAGGAGAGAGUCCAUCUUAGGUGACUAGAGACCAGGAGAGAGGAGAGAGUCCAUCUUAGGUGACUAGAGACCAAGAGAGAGGAGAGAGUCCAUCUUAGGUGACUAGAGACCAGGAGAGAGUCCAUCUUAGGUGACUAGAGACCAGGAGAGAGUCCAUCUUAGGUGACUAGAGACCAGGAGAGAGGAGAGAGUCCAUCUUAGGUGACUAGAGACCAGGAGAGAGGAGAGAGUCCAUCUUAGGUGACUAGAGACCAGGAGAGAGUCCAUCUUAGGUGACUAGAGACCAGGAGAGAGGAGAGAGUCCAUCUUAGGUGACUAGAGACCAGGAGAGAGGAGAGAGUCCAUCUUAGGUGACUAGAGACGAGGAGAGAGUCCAUCUUAGGUGACUAGAGACCAGGAGAGAGUCCAUCUUAGGUGACUAGAGACCAGGAGAGAGUCCAUCUUAGGUGACUAGAGACCAGGAGAGAGGAGAGAGUCCAUCUUAGGUGACUAGAGACCAGGAGAGAGUCCAUCUUAGGUGACUAGAGACCAGGAGAGAGGAGAGAGUCCAUCUUAGGUGACUAGAGACCAGGAGAGAGUCCAUCUUGGGUGACUAGAGACCAGGAGAGAGUCCAUCUUAGGUGACUAGAGACCAGGAGAGAGGAGAGAGUCCAUCUUAGGUGACUAGAGACCAGGAGAGAGGAGAGAGUCCAUCUUAGGUGACUAGAGACCAGGAGAGAGGAGAGAGUCCAUCUUAGGUGACUAGAGACCAGGAGAGAGUCCAUCUUAGGUGACUAGAGACCAGGAGAGAGGAGAGAGUCCAUCUUAGGUGACUAGAGACCAGGAGAGAGUCCAUCUUAGGUGACUAGAGACCAGGAGAGAGGAGAGAGUCCAUCUUAGGUGACUAGAGACCAGGAGAGAGUCCAUCUUGGGUGACUAGAGACCAGGAGAGAGUCCAUCUUGGGUGACUAGAGACCAGGAGAGAGGAGAGAGUCCAUCUUAGGUGACUAGAGACCAGGAGAGAGUCCAUCUUGGGUGACUAGAGACCAGGAGAGAGGAGAGAGUCCAUCUUAGGUGACUAGAGACCAGGAGAGAGGAGAGAGUCCAUCUUGGGUGACUAGAGACCAGGAGAGAGGAGAGAGUCCAUCUUAGGUGACUAGAGACCAGGAGAGAUGGGAGGGAGUCCAUCUUAGGUGACUAGAGACCAGGAGAGAGGAGAGAGUCCAUCUUAGGUGACUAGAGACCCGGAGAGAGUCCAUCUUAGGUGACUAGAGACCAGGAGAGAGGAGCGAGUCCAUCUUAGGUGACUAGAGACCAGGAGAGAGUCCAUCUUGGGUGACUAGAGACAGGAGAGAGGAGAGAGUCCAUCUUAGGUUGACUAGAGAACCAGGAGAGAGUCCAUCUUGGGUGACUAGAGACCAGGAGAGAGUCCAUCUUAGGUGACUAGAGACAGGAGAGAGGAAGAGUCCAUCUUAGGUGACUAGAGACAGGAGAGAGUCCAUCUUAGGUGACUAGAGACCAGGAGAGAGGAGAGAGUCCAUCUUGGGUGACUAGAGACCAGGAGAGAGGAGAGAGUUCCAUCUUAGGUGACUAGAGACCAGGAGAGAGUCCAUCUUAGGUGACUAGAGACCAGGAGAGAGUCCAUCUUAGGUGGCUAGAGACCAGGAGAGAGGAGAGAGUCCAUCUUAGGUGACUAGAGACGAGGGAGAGAGUCCAUCUUAGUGGACUAGAGGACCAGGAGAGAGGAGAGAGUCCAUCUUAGGUGACUAGAGACGAGGAGAGAGUCCAUCUUAGGUGGCUAGAGACCAGGAGGAGGGAGAGAGUCCCAUCUUAGGUGGUAGAGACGAGGAGAGAGUCCAUCUGAGGUGGCUAGAGACGAGGAGAGGGAGAGUCCAUCUUAGGUGACUAGAGACAGGAGAGAGGAGAGAGUCCAUCUUAGGUGGCUAGAGACCAGGAGAGAGGAGAGAGUCCCAUCUUAGGUGGCUAGAGACCAGGAGAGAGGAGAGAGUCCAUCUUAGGUGACUAGAGACGAGGGAGGCUAGGGAGGGAGAGGUCCAUCUUAGGUUGACUGAGAGACCAGGAGAGAGGAGAGGAGUCCAUCUUAGGUGAUAGAGGACCAGGAGAAAGAGGAGAGAGUCCAUCUUAGGUGGCUAGAGACCAGGGAGGAGAGGAAGGGAGAGUCCAUCUUAGGUGGCUAGAGACCAGGAGAGAGUCCAUCUUAGGUGACUAGAGACCAGGAGAGAGGAGAGAGUCAAUGAAUGUCAGCCCAUCCACUAAGCACUUCUUAAGGAGUGGAUGACCUGUGAAGUGUGUGUAUUGAUGUACAGUUAAUGGGCAAGUGUGUGUGUGUGUGUGUGUUUAUAGGAGUGAUUAGCAGGAUUAGUGCUGUGUGUGUGUUUUACGCCCCUCUAUGGUUCCAUGUGUGUUCCUUGUCAGGCGUGGGAGAACCACCUGCGGAGGAACCGUUCUAUCGUGGUGGAUCUGUUCCACGGCCAGCUCAAGUCCCAGGUCAAGUGCAAGACGUGUGGCCACAUCAGCGCCCGCUUUGACCCCUUCAACUUCCUGUCUUUACCCCUCCCGAUGGACAGCUCCAUGCACCUGGAGAUCACUGGUGAGGACUGGGAUCUAAAUACCCUGAUGAGGGGGGGGCAGGUCCCUGGAAAGGGGUGGGAGGGUUUGAUCUCUAUGGACCAGAUUGCCGGUUGGUUAGUUGGUUUUGGUUUUAAUUGACCUGAACCGUUUGCCAGAGGAGAGUUUUUUUAUGAUUUUUCCUGCGCACUUCCUUACCCUGGAAUGGUGCGGGUCCAUGAUAGAAGGCAAGCGGCAGCCAUUGGCCCGUUUCCCCAGACCUCAAAAGCAGCAAAUAAUAUCCUCAUAGACAAUAAUGAUCAAUAUACAUAUUUCUAUUAACUUCCUUGACCCUGUCUGUCUGUCUGUCUGUCUGUCAGUCAUUAUGCUGGAUGGUUCUACCCCUGUACGGUUCGGACUGAGGCUCAACAUGGAUGACAAGUACACCGGUCUGAAGAAACAGCUGGGUGAACUGUGUAGGCUGAAGCCUGACCAGAUACUACUGGCAGAGGUCCACACCUCCAACAUCAAGGUACACACACACUGAUGCACACACACGCACACACGCGCACACACACACACACACACACACACACACACACACACACACACACACACACACACACACACUGAUGCACACACACACACACACUGAUGCGCACACACACACACACACACUGAUACACACGCACACACACACACUGAUACACACACACUGAUGCACACACACACACACACACACACACUGAUGCGCACUGAUGCACACACACACACACUGAUGCGCACACACACACUGAUACACACACACUGAUGCACACACACACACACACACUGAUGCGCACAUACACACACACACAAUAGUACAAUACAGAGAGAAGCAAUAGUAGUAAUUGUGUGUUGUGUGCUAUAGAACUUCCCUCAGGAUAACCAGAAGGUGCGUCUGUCAGUGAACGGCUUCCUGUGUGCGUUUGAGAUCCCUGUGCCAGGCUCCCUCACCUCCCUCACCUCUGCAACACAGACAGGUGAGAACCUCCUACACUAGAGGUUGGCAGAAUGUAACAUGGUGGUUCUAGAGGUUGGCAGAAUGUAACAUGGUGGUUCUAGAGGUUGGCAGAAUGUAAUACAUGGUGGUUCUAGAGGUUGGCAGAAUGUAACAUGGUGGUUCUAGAGGUUGGCAGAAUGUAACAUGGUGGUUCUAGAGGUUGGCAGAAUGUAACAUGGUGGUUCUAGAGGUUGGCAGAAUGUAAUACAUGGUGGUUCUAGAGGUUGGCAGAAUGUAACAUGGUGGUUCUAGAGGUUGGCAGAAUGUAAUACAUGGUGGUUCUAGAGGUUGGCAGAAUGUAACAUGGUGGUUCUAGAGGUUGGCAGAAUGUAACAUGGUGGUUCUAGAGGUUGGCAGAAUGUAACAUGGUGGUUCUAGAGGUUGGCAGAAUGUAACAUGGUGGUUCUAGAGGUUGGCAGAAUGUAAUACAUGGUGGUUCUAGAGGUUGGCAGAAUGUAAUACAUGGUGGCAGUGGUGGGAAUUGUUGGACCCUACUGUGGCUGAAGUGACCAGAGCUGCCACCUGCCUUACAGACAGAAACACAUUAUAACUGGUUGAGAAGCUUUUUGACUGUACCUCUCCUUAUGACCAUAACCCUACCAUACUCCUCACAGUCCCAUGAAAUACCAACUCACUGUUUCCAGAAGGCUCUCUGACAUGUCCAUCUGUAACACUAGUUCUCUCUCUCUGACACCUCUCCAGACAUCACCCCUGUGCCCAUGGCUAAUGGUGUGGCGGUGGCAGCUAAAGGGCAUCCUGCCGGUAAGCCUGGUCUGAUCUCCAACGGCAUGCCCAGCACUGUGGUGCCCUACGGACAAACCACAGAGAGAGGCCUGGUCAAUGGAGGGGUGGGGGUGCCCAACGGACACGUGUCCCCCGUCCAGGACAGCCCCUUCAUCGGGUACAUCAUCGCCAUGCACAGGAAGAUGGUGGGUACCACAGAAUCAAAUAUUUUAUAGAAUAAAUGAAUUAGAAUGUUAUAUGUACACUCACUGGCCAGUUUAUUAGGUACUCCAGAACAACCUGAAUUAUUCGGGGCAUUCUACAAGGUGUCGGAAACGUUUCACAAGGAUGUUGGUCCGUGCUGACGCGAUGGCGUCACGCAGUUGCUGCAGAUUGGACGGCGGUACAUUCACGCUGCGAACAGCCCGUUCCAUCUCAUCCCAAAGAUGCUCUAUUGGGUUGAGGUCUGGGGACUGCGCAGGCCACUCAAGUAAACAGAACUCGCUGUCAUGUUCCAGGCGAUGUUUUUCCACUCCUCAGUUGUCCAGUGUUGGUGAUCGCGUGCCCACUGGAGCCGCUUCUUCUUGUUUUUAGCUGAUAGGAGUUGAACCCGCUGUGGUCGUCCGCUGCAAUAGCCCAUCCGUGACGAGGACCGACGAGUUGUGCGUUCCGAGAUGCCGUUCUACACACCACUGUUGUACUGCGCCGUUAUUUGCCUGUUUGGUGCAAUCUAACAGGCGGGCCACAUUCUUGCCAUUCUCCCCCGACUUCUCUCAUCAACGAGCUGUUUUCGCCCGCAGGACUGCUGCUGACUGAAUGUUUAUUUGUUUGCGACACCAUUCUCGGUAAAACGCUAGACACUGUCGUGCGUGAAAAGCCCAGGAGGGGCGGCCGUUUCUGAGAUACUGGACCACGAUCAGUUGGUUAGGACACUCAUUUUCUCCAUACUAAUGUGCAGUCAAACAGUAGCUGAAUGCCUCGAUGCCUGUCUGCCUGCUUUAUAUAACAGGCCACGUGACUCACUCUCGGUAGGAGCGUUCCAUUUUCGUGAACGGGGUGGUGAACCUAAUAAAAUAAUAUACAGUGCCUUCUGAAAGUAUUCACACCCCUUGACUUUUACCACAUUUUGUUGUGUUACACCCUCAAAGGUGUCAAAGUGGAAUUAUGUUUUUCAAAACGUUAACAAAUUAAUAAAAAAUGAAAAGCUGAAAUGUCUUGGUUAUGGCAAGCCUAAAUAACUUCAGGAGUAAACAUUAGCUUAACAAGUCACAUAAUAAGUUGCAUGGACUCUGUGUGCAUUAAUAGUGUUUAACGUAAUUUUUAAAUGACUACCUCAUCUCUGUACCCAACACAUACAAUUAUCUGUAAGGUCCCACAGUCAAGCAGUGAAUUUCAAACACAGAUUCAACCACAAAGAGCAGGCAGGUUUUCCAAUGCCUCACAAAGAAGAUGGGUAAAAAAAAAAAGCAGACAUUGAAUAUCCCUUUGAGCAUGGUGAAAUUAUUAAUUACACUUUGGAUGGUGUAUCAAUACACCCAGUCACUACAAAGAUACAGACAUCCUUCCUAACUUGGUUGUCCUGAAUACAAAGUGUUACGUUUGGGGCAAAUCCAAUACUACACAUUACUGAGUACCACUCUCCAUCUUUUCAAGCAUAGUGCUGGCUGCAUCAUGUUAUGGGUAUGCUUGUAAUCGUUAAGGACUGGGGAGUUUUUCAGGAUAAAAAAUAAACUGAAUGGAGCUAAGCACAGGCAAAAUCCUAGAGGAAAACCUGGUUCAGUCUGCUUUGCACCAGACACUGGGAGAUGAAUUCAGCUUUCAGCAGGACAAUAACCUAAAAUACACAAGGCCAAAUCUACAGUUUAUGCUUACCAAGAAGACAGUGAAUGUUCCUGAAUGGCCAAGUUACAGUUUGACUUAAAUCUACUUGAAAAUCUAUUGCAAGACCUGAAAAUGGUUGUCUAGCAAUGAUCAACAACCAAUUUGACAGAGCUUGAAGAAUUUUUUGAAAAUAAUUAUGGGCAAAUGUUGCACAAUCCAGGUGUGGAAAGCUCUAAGAGACUUACCCAGAAAGACUCACAGCUGUAAUCGCUGCCAAAGGUGCUUCUACAAAGUAUUGAGUCAGUGGUGUGAAUAAUUACAUAAAUAUCUAAUUUACAUAUGUCAUUUUCUGUAAAUUAGUAAACAAUUCUAAAACCAUGUUUUAAUUUUGUCAUUAUGGGGUAUUGUGUGUAGAUUAAAAACAAUUUAAUACCUUUUGAAUUCAGGCUGUAACACAUCAAAAUGUGGAAUAAGUAAAGGGGUAUGAAUACUUUCUGAAGCCUCUGUGUUUGUGUGCGUGUGUAUACACAGUGCAUUCGGAAAGUAUUCAGACCCCUUCACUUUUUCCACAUUUUGUUACGUUACAGCCUUAUUCUAAAAUGGAUUACAUCGUUUUGUUCCCCCUCAUCAAUCUACACACAAUACCCCAUAAUGACAAAGCAAAAACAGUUUUUUAGAAAUGUUUUCAAAUGUAUAAACAUUUAAAAAUCCUGAAAAUCCCAUUUCCAUAAAUAUUCAGACCCUUUACUCAGUACUUUGUUGACGCACCUUUGGCAGCGAUCACAGCCUCGAGUCUUCUUGGGUAUGACGCUACAAGUUUGGCACACCUGUAUUUGGGGAGUUUCUCCCAUUCUUCUCUGCAGAUCCUCUCAAGCUCUGUCAGGUUGGAUGGGGAGCGUCGCUGCACAGCUAUUUUCAGGUCUCUCUAGAGAUGUUCGAUGGGGUUCAAAUCCGGGCUCUGGCUGGGCUACUCAAGGACAUUCAGAGACUUGUCCCGAAGCCACUCCUGCGUUAUCUUGGCUGUGUACUUAGGGUUGUUGUCCUCUUGGAAGGUGAACCUUCGCCCCAGUCUGAGGUCCUGAGCGCUCUGGAGCAGGUUUUCUUCAAGGAUCUCUCUAUACUUUGCUCUAGUCAGGAUUGAGGGAAAGAUGAACAGUCUCCCAGUCCCUGCCACUGAAAAACAUCCCCACAGCAUGAUGCUGCCACCACCAUGCUUCACCGUAGCAAUGGUAUUGGCCAGGUGAUGAGCGGUACCUGGUUUCCUCCAAAUGUGACGCUUGGCAUUCAGGCCAAAGAGUUCAAUCUUGGUUUCAUCAGACCAGAGAAUCUUGUUUCUCAUGGUCUGAGAGUCUUUAGGUGUCUUUCGGCAAACUCCAAGCGGGCUGUCAUGUGCCUUUUACUGAGGAGUGGCUUCCGUCUGGCCACUCUACCAUAAAGGCCUGAUUGGUGGAGUGCUGCAGAGAUGGUUAUCCUUCUGGAAGGUUCUCCCAUCUAAACAGAGGAACUCUAGAGCUCUGUCAGAGUGCCAUUGGGUUCUUGGUCACCUCCCUGACCAAGGCCCUUCUCCCCAAAUCAAAUCAAAUUGUAUUUGUCACAUGCACCGAAUACAACAGUGAAAUGCUUACUUACAAGCCCUUAACCAACAAUGCAGUUCAAGAAAUAGAGUUAAAUAUUUACUAAAUAAACUAAAGUAAAAACGUUUUUAAAGCAACACAAUAAAAUAACAAUAACAAGGCUAUAUACAGGGGGUACCGGUACCGAGUCAAUGUGCGGGGAUACAGGUUAGUCAAGGUAAUUUGUACAUGUAGGUAGGGGUAAAGUGACUAUGCAAAGAUAAUAAACAGCGAGUAGCAGCAGUGUAAAAACAAAGGGGGGGGGGGGGGGGGGGUGAUGUAAAUAGUCUGGGUGGCCAAUUGAUUAAUUGUUCAGCAGUCUUAUGGCUUGGGGGUAGAAGCUGUUAAGGAGCCUUUUGGUCCUAGACUUGGCGCUCCGGUACCGCUUGCCGUGGGGUAGCAGAGAGAACGGUCAAUGCCUUGGGUGACUGGAGUCUUUGACAAUUUUUAGGGUCUUCCUCUGACACCGCCUGGUAUAGAGGUCCUGGAUGGCAGGAAGCUUGGCCCCAGUGAUGUACUGGGCCGUACGCACUACCCUCUGUAGUGCCUUGUGGUCAGAGGCCGAGCAUUUGCCAUACCAGGCAGUGAUGCAACCGGUCAGGAUGCUCUCGAUGGUGCAGCUGUAUAACUUGUUGAGGAUCUGGGGACCCAUGCCAAAUCUUUUCAGUCUCCUGAUGGGGAAAAGGUGUUGUCGUGCCCUCUUCACGACUGUCUUGGUGUUUUUGGACCAUGAUAGUUCGUUGGUGAUGUGAACACCAAGGAACUUGAAACUCUCUACCCACUCCAUCACAGCCCCGUCGAUGUUAAUGGGGGCCUGUUCGACCCGCCUUUUCCUGUAGUCCACGAUCAGCUCCUUUAUCUUGCUCACAUUUUAGGGAGACAUUGUUGUCCUGGCACCACACUGCCAGAUCUCUGACCACCUCCCUAUAGGCUGUCUCAUCGUUGUCGGUGAUUAGUUUGGCCGGGCGGCCAGCUCUAGGAAGAAUCUUGGUGGUUCCAAACUUCUUCCAUUUAAGAAUGAUGGAGGCCACUGUGUUCUUGGGGACCUUCAAUUCUUCAGAAAUGUUUUGGUACCCUUGUCCAGAUCUGUGCCUCGACACAAUCCUGUCUCGGACCUCUACGGUCAAUUCCUUCGACCUCAUGGAUUGUUUUUUGCUCUGACAUGCACUGUCAAAUGUGGGGCCUUUUAUAUAGACAGGUGUGUGCCUUUCCAAAUCAUGUCCAAUCAAUUGAAUUUAACACAGGUGGAAAAAGUCAAGGGGUCUGAAUGCUUUUUGAAGUCACUGUGUGUGUAUAUAUACACAGUACCAGUCAAAGGUUUGGACACCUACUCAUUCCAGGGUUUUUCUUUAUUUUUACUAUUUUCUACAUUGUAGAAUAAUAGUGAAGACAUCAAAACUGUGAAAUAAGACAUGGAAUCAUGUAGGAACCAUGAAAGUGUUAAACAAGUUAAAAUAUAUUUUAUAUUUGAGAUUCUUCAAAGUAGACACCCUUUGCCUUGAUGACAGCUUUGCACACUCUUGGCAUUCUCUCAACCAGCUUCAUGAGGUAGUCACCUGGAAUGCAUUUCAAUUAACAGGUGUGCCUUGUUAAAAGUUAAUUUGUGGAAUUUCUUUCCUUCAUGUGUUUGAGCCAAUCAGUUGUGACAAGGUAGGGGUGGUAUACAGAAGAUAGCCCUAUUUGGUAAGAGACCAAGUCCAUAUUAUGGCAAGAACAGCUCAAAUAAGCAAAGAGAAACGACAGUCCAUCAUUACUUUAAGACAUGAAGGUCAGUCAAUCCGGAAAAUGUCAAGAACUUUGAACGUUUAUUCAAGUGUAGUCGCAAAAACCAUCAAGCGCUAUGAUGAAACUGGUUCUCUUGAGGAACACACAGGCAAGGAAGACCCAGAGUUACCUCUGCUGCAGAGGAUAAGUUCAUUAGAGUUUCCAGCCUCCAAUAUCGGCAAUUAACUGCACCUCAGAUUGCAGCCCAAAUAAAUGCUUCACAGAGUUCCAGUCACAAACACAUCUCAACAUCAACUGUUCAGAGGGGACUGUGUGAAUCAGGCCUUCAUUGUCGAAUUGCUGCAAAGAAACCACUACUAAAGGACUCCAAUAAGAAGAAGAGACCUGCUUGGGCCAAGAAACACGAGCAAUGGACAUUAGACUGGUGGAAAUCUGUUCUUUGGUCUGAUGAGUCCAAAUUUGAGAUUUUUGGUUCCAACUGCCAUGUCUUUGUGAGACGCAGAGUAGGUGAACGGAUGAUCUCCGCAUGUGUGAUUCCCACCGUGAAGCAUGGAGGAGAUGGUGUGGGGGUGCUUUGCUGGUGACACUGUCUGUGAUUUAUUUAGAAUUCAAGGCACACUUAACCAGCAUGGCUACCACAGCAUUCUGCAGCAAUACGCCAUCCCAUCUGGUUUGCGCUUAGUGGGACUAUCAUUUGUUUUUCAACAGGACACUGACCCAAAACACACCUCCAGGCUGUGUAAGGGCUAUUUUACCAGGAAGGAGAGUGUUGGAGUGCUGCUUCAGAUGACCUGGCCUCCACGAUCACCCGACCUCAACCAAUUUGAGAUGGUUUGGGAUGAGUUGGACCGCAGAGUGAAGGAAAACAGCCAACAAGUGCUCAGCAUAUGUGGGGAACUCCUUCUAGACUGUUGGAAAAGCAUUCUAGGUGACUACCUCAUGAAGCUGGUUGAGAGAAUGCCAAGAGUGUGCAAAGCUGCCCUAGUGAUAUGUCUUUUUAGGAAGGACGUUGUCCAGGCCACUUUUGUCUGUUUUUAGAUUAUGAUGAUAUUAUAUCUACAGUCGUGGUCAAAAGUUUUGAGAAUGACACAAAUAUUAAGUCCAGCAAGCGCCAGGACCGUCUCCUAAAGUUGAUUCGCCUGCGGGAUCGGGGCACCACCAGUGCAGAGGUUGCUCAGGAAUGGCAGCAGGCAGGUGUGGGUGCAUCUGCACGCACAGUGAGGCAAAGACUUUUGGAGGAUGGCCUGGUGUCAAGAAGGGCAGCAAAGAAGCCACUUCUCUCCAGGAAAAACAUCAGGGACAGACUGAUAUUCUGCAAAAGGUACAGGGAUUGGACUGCUGAGGACUGGGGUAAAGUCAUUUUCUCUGAUGAAUCCCCUUUCCGAUUGUUUGGGGCAUCCGGAAAACACCUUGUCUGGAGAAGACAAGGUGAGCGCUACCAUCAGUCCUGUGUCAUGCCAACAGUAAAGCAUCCUGAGACCAUUCAUGUGUGGGGUUGCUUCUCAGCCAAGGGAGUGGGCUCACUCACAAUUUUGCAGAAGAACACAGCCAUGAAUAAAGAAUGGUACCAACACAUCCUCCAAGAGCAACUUCUCCCAACCAUCCAAGAACAGUUUGGUGACAACCAAUGCCUUUUCCAGCAUGAUGGAGCACCUUGCCAUAAGGCAAAAGUGAUAAGUGGCUCGGGGAACAAAACAUCAACAUUUUGGGUCCAUGGACAGGAAACUCCCCAGACCUUAAUCCCAUUGAGAACUUGUGGUUGAUCCUCAAGAGGCGGGUGGACAAACAAAAUCCCACAAAUUCGGACAAACUCCAAGCAUUGAUUAUGCCAGAAUGGGCUGCCAUCAGUCAGGAUGUGGCCCAGAAGUUAAUUGACAGCAUGCCAGGUCGGAUUGCAGAGGUCUUGAAAAAGAAGGGUCAACCCUGCAAAUAUUGACUCUUUGCAUAAACUUAAUGUAAUUGUCAAUAAAAGCCUUUGACACUUAUGGAAUGAUUGUAAUUAUACUUCAGUGUUACCAUAGUAACAUCUGACAAAAAUAUCUAAAAAUACUGAAGCAGCGAACUUUGUGAAGACCAAUACGACUGUACAUGCACGCAGCAGCUUCACACUGAAAUCUCUAGAUGCUGUUUUCCAUUGUGUCCUUAGAUUCAUGACUGGUGAUCAUUUUUAGAACGCACCAUUGUAUCAAACGGUGGGUUGAGCCUCUCUGUCUGUAAGAAGAUGGCAGCAUUCCCUUCUGUUUAUUUACAAAGCGUGUAGCAAGGGAGUCUCAGGCGUGGAUGUGUUGCAGGGGGGGGUUCAGGCGUGGAUGUGUUGCAGGGGGGGGCUCAGGCGUGGAUGUGUUGCAGGGGGGGCUCAGUGCGUGGAUGUGUUGCAGGGAGGCUCAGGCGUGGAUGUGUUGCAGGGGGGGGCUCAGGCGUGGAUGUGUUGCAGGGGAGGGGCUCAGGCGUGGAUGUGUUGCAGGGGAGUCUCAGGCGUGGAUGUGUUGCAGGGGGGGGGCUCAGGCGUGGAUGUGUUGCAGGGGGGGGCUCAGGCGUGGAUGUGUUGCAGGGGGGGUUCAGGCGUGGAUGUGUUGCAGGGGGGGCUCAGGCGUGGAUGUGUUGCAGGGGAGGCUCAGGCGUGGAUGUGUUGCAGGGGGGGGCUCAGGCGUGGAUGUGUUGCAGGGGAGUCUCAGGCGUGGAUGUGUUGCAGGGGAGGCUCAGGCGUGGAUGUGUUGCAGCAGAGGCUCAGGCGUGGAUGUGUUGCAGGGGGGGGGCUCAGGCGUGGAUGUGUUGCAGGGGAGGCUCAGGCGUGGAUGUGUUGCAGGGGAGGCUCAGUGCGUGGAUGUGUUGCAGGGGAGUCUCAGUGCGUGGAUGUGUUGCAGGGGGGGGGGCUCAGGCGUGGAUGUGUUGCAGGGGAGGCUCAGUGCGUGGAUGUGUUGCAGGGGGGGUUCAGGCGUGGAUAUGUUGCAGGGAGGCUCAGGCGUGGAUGUGUUGCAGGGGAGGCUCAGGCUUGUUGCAGGGGAGACUCAGGCUUGAAAACAUUAGUGGGGGUGCACUAAGUGAAGGUUGGGUUUGUUUUUAUGAUCAUUAUUUUAUCAUUUAGUAUUUUAUUGUGUUUUGUAUUGAUGUGUGUGUUUUGUAUUGAUGUGUGUGUUUUGUAUUGUGCAGGGCACAUUUGAAAAAGAGACUUGGGCUCAAUAUGACACCCUGUUAAAAUAAAAUCUAUAGAAAGAGUAAUUAAAAGUUCCUAAUAAGGAGAGGAUAGUUGCAAUGAGGAAAUACAUUUAGGAACUUGGGCAUGAGGCGCUGGGUGAACUUGAGUAUUAACUGGUGAAUACUUUUAGAGGUCUCUGGCCCCCUUCCUCAUGUUUGAUCCUGGAGGUUCGUGGUUCUGACUGUUUUCAUUCCUGUGUGUCCUCCUGUAGAUGCGGACGGAGUUAUAUUUCCUGUCCAGUCAGAAGAACCGUGCCAGUCUGUUCGGGAUGCCUCUGAUCGUUCCCUGUACGGUCCACACCAGUAAGAAGGACCUGUAUGAUGCUGUCUGGAUACAGGUGGCACGUCUGGCCAGCCCUCUGCCCCCGCAGGAGGCCAGCAACCACGCACAGGACUGGUCAGUACCACACACACACACACACACACACACACACACACACACACACACACACACACACACACACACACACCACACACACACACACACACACACACACACACACACACACAUACACACAUACACAUACACAUACACACACACACACACACACACACACACACACACACACACACACAGGACUAGUCAGACACACACGCUGCACCGCAUCUCUCACACACAUACACACACACACACACACACACACACACACAUACACACACACACACACACACACAGGGCUAGUCGGCAAGUCUCCCCUUGAUUGACUGAACAGGGCUAUUCAGGAAGUUUCCAACUGACGGGAAGGUUAUCUUGAUUUGAAGGUAAUUUUUAUUGACUGAAGGUGAUUAUCGUUUAUAGGUUGUUUAAUAAUGUUGUGUCUAUUAUUCCCCCUACUACAGUGAUGACAGUAUGGGCUACCAGUACCCCUUCACACUGAGAGUGGUAGGGAAGGACGGUACCUCAUGUGCCUGGUGUCCCUGGUACAGGUGAGGCCUCCUCCAUCAUCAUCAUCAUCAUCAUCAUCAAAACACACACUUCUCUUCUAUUACAGUAUCCACUGCAUGUGUAUGGGGAAACGGCGUGUGUAGGGGAAACGGCGUGUGUAGGGGAAACGGCGUGUGUAGGGGGAAACGGCGUGUGUAGGGGAAACGGCGUGUGUAGGGGAAACGGCGUGUGUAGGGGAAACGGCGUGUGUAGGGGAAACGGCGUGUGUAGGGGGAAACGGCGUGUGUAGGGGGAAACGGCGUGUGUAGGGGGAAACGGCGUGUGUAGGGGGAAACGGCGUGUGUAGGGGGAAACGGCGUGUGUAGGGGAAACGGCGUGUGUAUGGGGAAACGGCGUGUGUAGGGGGAAACGGCGUGUGUAGGGGGAAACGGCGUGUGUAUGGGGAAACGGCGUGUGUAUGGGGAAACGGCGUGUUUAGGGGAAACGGUGUGUGUAGUGGGAAACGGCGUGUGUAGGGGAAACGGCGUGUGUAUGGGGAAACGGCGUGUGUAGGGGAAACGGCGUGUGUAGGGGAAACGGCGUGUGUUUUUGUACCGUCUCUGUGCUUCUGCUCAUGUGUGUGUGUGUGUGUGUGUGACUGUGUGUUCAGGUUCUGUCGAGGCUGUGCGGUGGACUGUACGGAGGACAGGGCCUCGGUAGGAAACGCUUGCAUAGCUGUGGACUGGGACCCGACAGCCCUACACCUGCGCUACCAGACCUCACAGGAGAGGGUAAUGUACACUCACCACCCCGUUCACCAAAAUGGUUCGCUCCUACAGACAGAGAGUCACGUGGUCGUGGCUUUCUAUAUAAAGCAGGCAGAACGGCAUCGAGGCAUUCAGUUACUGUUUGAUUGAAUGUUAGAAUGGACAAAACAAGUGACGUAAGUGACUUUGAGCGUUGUGUGAUCGCCGGUGCCAGGCGCGCCGGAUCCAGUAUCUCAGAAACGGCCGUCCUCCUGAGGCUUUUCACGUACGACAGUGUCUAGCGUUUUACCGAGAAUGGUGUCGCAAACAAAUAAACAUUCAGUCAGCAGCAGUCCUGUGGGCGAAAAACCGCUCGUUGAUGAGAGAGGUCGAAGGAGAAUGGCAAGAAUCGUGCAAGCUAACAGGCGGGCCGCAAACAGACAAAUAACGGCGCAGUACAACAGUGGUGUGCAGAACGGCAUCUGGGAACGCACAACUCGUCGGUCCUCGUCACGGAUGUGGCUAUUGCAGCGGACGACCACACCGGGUUCCACUCCUAUCAGCUAAAAACAAGAAGAAGCGCGGCUCCAGUGGGCACGCGAUCACCAACACUGGACAAUUUGAGGAGUGGAAAAACAUUGCCUCGUUCCGACGAAUCCCGGUUCCUGUUCUGUCAUGCUGACGGCAGAGUCAGGAUUUGGUGUAAGCAGCAUGAGUCCAUGGACCCAUCCUGCCUGGUGUCAACGGGUACAGGCUGGUGGCGGUGGUGGUGUAAUGGUGUAUGUGGAAUGUUUUCCUGGCACACGUUAGGUCCCUCGAUUAGCAAUUGAGCAACAGUUGAACGCCACACCUUGUAGAAUCCAUUCCCUGAAGAAUUCGGGCUGUUCUGGAGGAAAAGGUGGAUCCGACCCGGUACUAGAUGUGUGUACCUAAAUAAACUGAGUGUAUAUCAUGUAGAAUAUCCUACAGCCCUAUACCUCUGCUACCAGACCUCACAGGAGAAGGUCAUAUACAUCAUAUCAUAUAGUAUAUCCAUUACAAUCUAUACAUACUGGAACCGUACAGGCCUGCACCUCCCCUUACCACACAGGAGAGGGUGAGUCUUCAGAUCCAAGAGGAGAAGAUGACAUACACACAUCCAGGUGCUGGAGAUAUGUUGAGCUUUACCCGUAUCAGAUCACAUCCCCUGGCUCUGAUCUGUCACAAGCCCGUCUCUAUCUGGUUAUCGGUCCCUUCUAACCCCCUUCUCCCGGUGUCUAUCUCUCUCUCUCGCUAGAUAGUGGAGGAGCACUGCAGUGUGCAGCAGAGUCGCAGGGCCCAGGCUGAACCCAUCAGUCUGGACAGCUGUCUGAAGGCCUUCACCAGCGAGGAAGAGCUGGGAGAGGAUGAGCUCUACUACUGCUCC